AUGCUGUGCAUUGUGGGAGCCGCGAGGGAGCAUCAUUCGGUAGUUUUGUCUGCUCCCUCCUUCAGUUCGUGCUUUCUGACAGCUGCCCUGACAGUGUUUAAGCCCAUAGUGUGCAGGGCAGCAUAGUACGCCUUAACUAUGGGCCAGGGACCCUACACUAUAAGGCCAGGAAUACAUUUGUGUUCCUGACCUUAUACUGUUCCUUUAAUAUAUAGCGUAUAUAGUGUAUCCUUUAAUAUAUAGUGUGUAUAUAGUGUAUAUAUUACACUGGCCCCCUUUUGCUUAGGGGGCAAGAGGGGGCCAGGGACCCUACACUAUAAGGCCAUGAAUACAUUUGUGUUCCUGACCUUAUACUGUUCCUUUAAUAUAUAGCGUAUAUAGUGUAUCCUUUAAUAUAUAGUGUGUAUAUAGUGUAUAUAUUACACUGGCCCCCUUUUGCUUAGGGGGCAAGAGGGGGCCAGGGACCCUACACUAUAAGGCCAGCAAUACAUUUGUGUUCCUGACCUUAUACUGUUCCUUUAAUAUAUGGCGUAUAUAGUGUAUCCUUUAAUAUAUAGUGUAUAUAUUACACUGGCCCCCUCUUGCUUAGGGGGCAAGAGGGGGUCAGGGACCCUACACUAUAAGGCCAGGAAUACAUUUGUGUUCCUGACCCUAUACUGUUCCUUUAAUAUAUACACACACGCACUCACUGGCUCAUACACAAAUGCACUCAUUGACUCUUGACACACACAUUCACUGACAGAAAAACAUACCAUACACACACUGACAGAAACACACACACUGACAGAAACACUCACACUCACUAACAGAAACACACUCACUGACAGAAACACUCACUGACAGAAACACACUCAUUCACUGACAGAAACACACACGUUCACUGACAAACAUACACACAGACACAAACACACACACACUCACUGACACAAACACAUACACACAUUCACUGACAGAAACACAUACCGUACACACACAUUGACAGAAACACUCACUGACAGAAACACGCACGUUCACUGACAGAAACACUCACGUUCACUGACAGAAACACUCACGUUCACUGACAGAAACACAUACCGUAUACACACACAUUCACUGACAGAAACACAUACCGUACACACACAGACACAAACACUCACAUUCACUGACAGAAACACACACAUUCACUGACACAAACACAUACACAUACACACAUUUACUGACAGAAACACAUACACACAUUCACUGACAGAAACACAUACCGUACACACACACACACACAAACACUCACGUUCACUGACAGAAACACACACACGUUCACUGACAGAAACACAUACACACACAUUCACUGACAGAAACACAUACCGUACACACACACAAACACUCACGUUCACUGACAGAAACACUCACGUUCACUGACAGAAACACACACAUUCACUGACACAAACACAUACACACACAUUCACUGACAGAAACACUCACAUUCACUGACAGAAACACUCACGUUCACUGACAGAAACACUCACAUUCACUGACAGAAACACUCACGUUCACUGACAGAAACACUCACGUUCACUGACAGAAACACAUACACACAUUCACUGACAGAAACACAUACCGUACACACACACACACAAACACUCACGUUCACUGACAGAAACACUCACGUUCACUGACAGAAACACUCACGUUCACUGACACAAACACAUACACACACAUUCACUGACAGAAACACAUACCGUACACACACAGACACAAACACUCACGUUCACUGACAGAAACACUCACGUUCACUGACAGAAACACUCACGUUCACUGACAGAAACACACACAUUCACUGACACAAACACAUACACACAUGUUACGGUACCUCCAGUAAUGAAAUGUACAAACCGCCGUUUAGCGAGUAUUCCCCGUUCGCAAUAAUGUGGUCGGGUAGCGGGUAUAGUAAAACCAUGCGAACCGCCAGCCAGGGAACACUCCAAACUCCCGAACGGUACCUGUAUGGCUAAUUCCCUUCACGAGCUGCAAAUCCACGAACGGCAAAUAGUAACCGAACGUCAAUAUCUCCCAAGCGGCAAAUAAUCCAAAUAAGCAGUCUCUAGUCGCUGGUAACCAAAUCCCCCCAAUAACGAGACCAAGCUCCGCUUUGAGGGUAAAACACGAACUGAUUUACUGUGGGCUACCUGCCCGGUAUUUAUUCAGGUCUCCCACUUGGUGGACAUUCCUCUAGGGGACCAAAUGGGAGACUGAAAUCACAGAAGGACAUGGGGACAUUUUGGACAUACAUCCCCACAAUACUCCCAGCAUGCAGUACAGUUCCCUCCCCUCUGCUCGGGGGAUAAUUGGAAGUAACUCAAUUAUCUCCCUGAGCAGAGGCAAUCGCCAUUUUAAACACAAGUCACAAAAACACAUGAAAAUCCAUAACUUCAUAACUGCCGAACAUAUUACAUUCGUAUUGCAUAUCCCCAGAUAGCCUGGAUCUGAGGGCACAUUAUUGAAGAAUAGCGCUCAGAUCCCAUUCGCACAGUUCAAUCGCCAUGGAGUCAAAGUCUCUUUUAGUUCUUCGGUAUGCGAUUGACUCCAUGGGACGGCUAUCUGGGUUAAGUCCAUUCGUGUGGUUGAAUCUCCCGAACGGCUGGCAUUCGUAUACUUUUGUCGAUUGAGAAGGGGAGGUCGACGGCUUCAGCGGUGUUCGGCUGAAAAAGUGUCCGUUUUCAGAUCCAUGAAAUAAUCGAACACCGCUGGUCGUUCGCAUGGACAAGAUGGCCGCCGCCUCGUGGUCGACAUACGAACGACGACCACCCGGCAUUCGGUUUUAAUUGAGAAGUGUCUGUGGUUAACCGCAACGUUCUAAUUGGGAUCAAUAGGUUAACCAGCAGCACACUUCUCUUCUGGGUGGCCGUCCGUUUGGUAGUUCCGUUCGACAAAACCGACAUUCCCUUGAAUAAAGCAUACGAAUGGGGAAAUUCAUGUAACCGGCAAAACAGGCGAACAAAGCAGUUGUAAUCCAGACAGAUGGAUCUGUCACAACACACAUUCACUGACAGAAACACAUACCGUACACACACAGACACAAACACUCACGUUCACUGACAGAAACACAUACACACACAUUCACUGACAGAAACACAUACCGUACACACACACAAACACUCACGUUCACUGACAGAAACACUCACAUUCACUGACAGAAACACUCACGUUCACUGACAGAAACACUCACAUUCACUGACAGAAACACUCACGUUCACUGACAGAAACACUCACAUUCACUGACAGAAACACUCACAUUCACUGACAGAAACACAUACACACAUUGACUGACAGAAACACAUACCGUACACACACACACAAACACUCACGUUCACUGACAGAAACACUCACGUUCACUGACAGAAACACACACAUUCACUGACAGAAACACACACAUUUACUGACAGAAACACAUACCGUACACACACAGACACAAACACUCACGUUCACUGACAGAAACACAUACACACAUUCACUGACAGAAACACAUACUGUACACACACACACAAACACUCACGUUCACUGACAGAAACACUCACGUUCACUGACACAAACACACACAUUCACUGACACAAACACACACAUUCACUGACAAACACACACAUUCACUGUCAAACACACACAUUCACUGACAGAAACACAUACCGUACACACACAGACACAAACACUCACGUUCACUGACAGAAACACUCACGUUCACUGACAGAAACACACACAUUCACUGACACAAACACAUACAAACACAUUCACUGACAGAAACACAUACCGUACACACACACACACAGACACAAACACUCACGUACACUGACAAAACACUCACGUUCACUGACAGAAGCACACACGUUCACUGACAGAAGCACACACGUUCAUUGACACAAACACAUACACACACUCACAGACAGAAACACAUACCGUACACUGACAGAAACACUCACGUUCACUGACAGAAACACUCACAUUCACUGACAGAAACACAUACCGUACACUCACUGGCAGAAACACACACUGACAGAAACAUACACACAGACACACACACAUUCAUUGACAAACACACACUGACAAACAAACAUACACACUGACAGAAACUCACUAGAUUAUAAACACUUUUGCUCUACUUCAAACACUUGGCUGCUGGGAUAUGAUGUAAUGUAUCCCAGCAGCCCUUAACAUAAUGUGAGCUGAUUGGCCCAUCUGGAGGGGUGAGCUGAUUGGCCCAUCUGGACGGGUGAGCUGAUUGGCCCAUCUGGACGGGUGAGCUGAUUGGCCCAUCUGGACGGGUGAGCUGAUUUGGCCCAUCUGGAGGGGUGAGCUGAUUUGGCCCAUCUGGAGGGGUGAGCUGAUUUGGCCCAUCUGGAGGGGUGAGCUGAUUUGGCCCAUCUGGAGGGGUAAGAGAAAGUGACCGGCGGGAGAGUGGUUUUAUGUGCUCCCGCCGGUCCCACAGCCCCCUCCCUCUCACUACCCUGAUUAUGCCGCCGCAGCCGCUGCAGCCACCCUCCUUCUUCAUGCUUUCACUGUCAGAAAGCAUGAAAGUAAGUAUGCCACCGGACCGGCUAGGCGGCCGCCCGGUCCGGCGGCACCACUAUGAUGCGGCUAUUCCCCCCUCACACCCGUGUAUAAGUCGAGCCUGCAAUAUAACAUUAAUUUUGCAGGUAAAAUUUCUUGACUUAUACACGGGUAUAUACGGUAUUCAGCCACAGAGCGCCUCCCUUGAUGUAAAUGAAGGUGAGUGGCUUCUGCUGUAGCACCGGAUUGGGAUCAUCAAAAACUAGGCACAUGGCCUCAAGAAAGUCUUUUAAAUUUCCCAAGACUGGACUGUCCUGUUCCAGAAAAGGGGAGGCCCAGGCCAGGGCUUCAUCUUUGAAGAUGGAGAAAAUAAAUCCCACCUUCUCUCUUUCAGAUGGAAAACGGUUAGGUAACAUCAUGUAAUGCAAACGGCAUUGAUUUAGGAAACCCCUAAAUUUUUUGCUGUCUCCUUCAAAUUUUUCUGGUAGAGGCAAGCGGGCAUCUUGUGCAGGUGUAACAGUAGUAGUAGCAGCAGCCGCAACAUCAUGUGACCUGUAGCUGGUAAGCUCACUAUUGAUCGAACUUCAUUUUGCAGUUCAGCUACCUGAUCCUGCAGCACUUGAAUGGUCUGUGCCUGGGUCUGCAUAAUUCUUGCAUUAAAAGCAACCUGCUGGGCCAAUGCAGAAUCUGAUCCGACGGUCUCCAUGAAUGUGCCAGAUUAUUCUGUAAUGAUAUUGUUACAAAGUUUUGGAGUCCAGUAGCCAGAUCAGCAAUUUUUUCUGCCAGAGGUAGCCACUCGUUACCCAGGUGGUUGAGCCCCUGAGCCUUGAGUGGCCUUCUGGUCUUAAGCAGAGAUGGGAGACUGGAACAGAAAGAUGAUAAUCGUAGUGAGGCAAGCCGAGGUCAGUGGGAAGGAGAAGCAGCAAAGUCAAAACAGUCCAAAUUCAGCAACAGGAAGGAGAAACAGGAACACGCUUGAUUAGAGAGUACAGGAACCACAAUAAUCUGGCAAAGGUACAGAGACAGGAAAUGGCUUUUAUAGGCCAAGAACCAGACACCUGACCAGACACAGCUGAAGAGAGUUGUCACUGAUAACCUUGACUCUACAACCAAUGGUAUCAGAUCAAAAGCCGCAGACAGGUCAAGGAGAAUUAGGAUAGAGUAGUGACCAUGAGAUUUUGCAGCGAGUAGAUCAUUGGAUACUUUGGUCAGUGCAGUUUCCACAGAGUGCUUAGCGCGGAAACCAGACUGAAACGGGUCUAGCAGAGAGUUGGACUCGAGGAAGUCUGUCAAUCUCGCAUUCACAAUUCUUUCAAGGAUCUUGGAUGCAAAAGGCAGUAGCGAGAUAGGACGAUAGUUGGAUGGGGAGUUAGGGUCAAGAUUGGGCUUCUUUAGAAUUGGAUUCACAGUUGCAUAUUUGAAGGGCGAUGGAAAUAUACCAGAGGAGAGAGAGAGAGAUUGAGAAUUUUAGUGAAAGGGGGUAGAAAGAGAAGAAGACAGUACAGAUGAGAUGCGAGGGAAUUGGAUCUUGGGAGCAGGUGGUGGGGCGGGAGGACUGGAGCAGAGCAGAAACCUUUUCCAUUGUAGCGGGUGCGAAUGAACGCAGACGGAGUGAAAUUAGGGGAAGUAUUGUAAGGGGAAGAAGAAAGAUGAGAGAUCUCUUCUCUGAUUGUAGAGAUCUUGUCAGUGAAGUGAGUUGCAAAGUCUGAGGCGGUCAAGUUAGUAGGUGGAGGAGGAACAGCAGGGCGAAGAAGAGAGUUAAAUGUGUGAAAUAGUCGUUUGGGUUCGCGGGAGAGUGUGGUUAUGAGGGUAUUGAAGUAAUUAACUUUUGCAGAGGAAAGAGCCAAGCUGUAUGAGCUCAGCAUAAAUUUAUAGUGGAGAAAGUCAGAUGCACAGUGAGACUUUCUUCCAACAGCGUUCAGCAGUUCUGGAGCAUUUUUGGAGGUAUCGAGUGAGCUUGGUGUGCCAGGGUUGUUGUUGGGCGCGCCUGCAGCGUUUAACUGUACAAGGUGCCAUGAUGUCUAGUUGAGAGGAGAGGGUGGAAUUGUAGAAGGAGGUUGCAGAACUAGGACAGGUGAGGUUUGAGAUAGGUAAAAUUAGAGUGAUGUUCAGACGGUGGUGUCAAUUGGGUCUUAGGUAUGCCAAUGUCAAAAGUAAGCAGAUGGUGGUCAGAUAGAGGAAAAGGAAUAUUGGAGAGAUUAGAGGCAGUACAGAGGUUGGUGAAGGCAAGAUCAAGAAUGUUUCCCGCUGUAUGGGUUGCUAAAUUGGACAUUGCGUAAGGCCAAAGGAGGAGGUUACACAGAGCAGACGAGAGGCAUCAGUGCAAUUGGGGUUGUUGAUUGGGAUAUUGAAAUCCCCAAGUAUAAGGGAAGGAGUGCUAGAUGAGAGGAAGUGGGGAAGCCAGGAAGAAAAGUGCUCAAUGAAUAUUCUAGGAUAACCGGGGGACGGUAGAUGAUAGCAAUCCUUAAAGGAGUGGGUUUAAAUAGGCGGACAGUGUGAACUUGAAAAGAAGAAAAGUAUAGGGCAGGGGGAGUUAUGAUUGGUUGAAAGGUACAUUGAGGGGAGCGAAGGAUGCCUAUGCCACCUCCUUUACAGUUGAGUCUGAGAGUGUGAGAGAAUUGUAGCCCACCAAAACAUAAAGAGCCAGGAGUAGCGCUAUCAGAGGGGGACAGCCAGGUCUCUGUAAGUGCAAGCAGUGUGAGGGAGUUUGAGAUGAAAAAGUUGUGUAUGGUUAUUGAUUUUAAAUUACUGCAGAUGGAGCAGGCAUUCCAGAGUGCACAAUGAAUUUUGGUAAGUGAGGGUAAAGGGCAGGGUAUUGCGAUGAGGUUUGUGGGGUUUCUGGUUGUCUUAGUGUCUGUAGAGAAGGUGAAGGGCCCUGGAUUGGGAGAGACAUCACCAGCUGCUAAAAGUAGGAGGAGAGAAAGUGACAGGAGGUGUGAAUGGGUUUUGUAUGCAUUGUAUGAGAUCGAUUGUGGGUCGGAGUGAGAGAGAGGAAAAAUGAGUGUAAGGCAUGAGAUGAGAGAAGGGGGGAGUGUAGCAGAGAGGGGCAGAUGUAAAUGUGGAUGGGGGAAUGAGUGAAGUGGGUGUAAGGAGAGAUUUUUAUACUGAGGGAGACUGAGGAAAUAAAAAGGAGGAGAAAACAGAUCAUUGCUAAACUGUGAAAAAUAAAAAUUGGAAAUAAUUGGAAUAUCAAGAGUAGGGAAAAUAUUAUGUUUUAUGGGUAAAGAAAGUGCAGAAGUGUACUAAUAAGAGGCAGUUUUUUUAGUUUUUUUUAACCUAACUAAAAUGUGGGUGUGACAGACAAUCUAUAAAUGUAAUAAUGAGCAUGGGUUGGGACAGUGGCAGAUCCAGAGCCUGAUAUCGGGAGGGGCACUUGUAGAUUAUUUAAAUAAAUAAUCCAGGCACAAUAAGCUCAGUGUAGUAGUUAGAAGUGUGUGAGCGGUGAAGUGUAUGGGGACAGUGUUUGUGGGGCAGUGUGUGUAGUGUGUAUAGGGGGCAGUGUGUGUAUGGGGGCAGUGUUUGUGGGGCAGUGUGUAUGGGGACAGUGUUUGUGGGGCAGUGUGUGUAUGGGGACAGUGAUUGUGGGGCAGUGUGUGUAUGGGGGCAGUGUGUGUAUGAGGACAAUGUUUGUGGACCAGUGUGUGUAUGGGGACAGUGUUUGUGGCGCAGUGUGUGUAGGGGACAGUGUUUGUGGCGCAGUGUGUGUAUGGGGACAGUGUUUGUAUGGGGGGGAGGAGGGUAGGGAGGCUUUUUAAUAAUAAUGGGCUUCCAAAGUUGGGGAAUCAGGCUUUGCAGAUGAUCAGGCUUGCUCACUGAAGUAAUGGGUUUGCAAAGUUGGGGAAUGAGGCUUUGCAGAUGAUCAGGCUAGCUCACUGAAGGAAUGGGCUUGCAAAGUUGGGGAAUCAGGCUUUGCAGACGAUCAGGCUUGCUCACUGAAGUAAUGGGCUUGCACAGUUGGGGAAUCAGGCUUUGCAGAUGAUCAGGCUUGCUCACUGAAGGAAUGGGCUUGCAAAGUUGGGGAAUCAGGCUUUGCAGACGAUCAGGCUUGCUCACUGAAGUAAUGGGCUUGCAAAGUUGGGGAAUCAGGCUUUUCAAACCAUCAGGCUUGCUCACUGAAGUAAUGGGCUUGCAAAGUUGGGGAAUCAGGCUUUGCAGACGAUCAGGUGUGUAUGUUGGUGUUAUCUUUGAUCUGUAUAUAUGUCAUGUGUGUGUAUGUGUUGUAUCUGUGUGUGCAUGUGUUAUCUGUGUGUCUGUGUUAUCUCUGUGUGUCUUCGUUAUCUCUUUGUUUAUGUGUUUUGCUAUAUGUGUAAAAUACCCUUACCUCUUGUGUUUCUAUACCUCACCCUCUCUAGCAUUUAAGCUCAUUGAGCAGGGCCCUCAACUCCUCUGUUCCUGUGCAUCCAACUCGUCAGGUUACAAAUGAAUGUCUGUUAGUCCUUCCAUUGUACAGCCCUGCAGAAUUUAUUGGUACUCUAUAAAUAAUAAUAAGAUUAUUAUAAAUAAUCUUCAGUGGAACAUUCCUAGACAAUCUGUUGAUAAUAUAAUUUUAAAAAUUGCUGUUUUGAUUAUCAGAAUAUGAGUAAGACUUAUUAUCUGCUAAUAUUGUCUUUGGUACACGGUUUUUAAGCAGUGGAGAAUUAGUCACAGUGUCAUUAGACCAGUCAUUUACUUUGUAUAGUUGGAAAACAAAUGAUUAACAUACCAAGCAAAAUGUCACAUUUGCAAGCAAUACUUGUUAGGGCUGUCCCAGUUGGCUGAUUGUUUUCUAUAUAAUCUGUUGCAUAUGCUGUGCAAGCAUUGGUAGUAGUAAGUUUUGGACACUUCCUAUCAAACCAGGAAGAGGAUAGUGACACUGCAUGUUUUUUUCUCAAAAGGACCUGUACACUGUGAGUACAAUUUCAGUUUCUCUUGUAUUGUGUAAGAAUCCAAACCAUAUGCAGACACAUGAUUUAGAUUUUUGUUGUUUCCUCCUGAAAGCCUUUUAUAUGUUUUAUAAAUUAUUUGUGGAUGUAUCUUUAUACGCCCAGGUAAAUUAAUACAUUUAUGUAUACAUUCCACUGACUCACAUUUACUAAUGCCUUCUGUGUUAAACUGUAUUACAUUUAGAAGUCAAUGGUUUAUUUAUACUAUAAUAGAUAACAUUUGCAGUGCACAUUGAUUCACAUUUCAAGUACAGUAUUGCAUUUACAGUAGUUUUAUUAUGCUGUGCAGACACACACAUUUCACCUAUGUACUGUAGGAGAACCAGGUACUAAAGCACAUGAACAGCUUUAAUUACCGAAUUAGUCUAAAGUUUACUGUAACAACAAGUUGGCACUGCCCCAGCUCUGUCUAGAAAGAGAAAGCUGGCAGUAGAAUCAAGGCAGGAGUUUAACCUCUGGCAAACCUGUAUGUGGAGGAUUCUAUAGCAACUGUUCAACUAACCAGCCACACGGAUGUGUGAACUCUUAGCAAAGAAUGUUAAUGUAUAGGUGUGUGUGUGUGUGUGUGUGCGAUAAAUUCUUGGGCAGUGUAUAAUAAUUUGCGGUGUUUGUAAAUGCUGUGAGAAGUGUGUAAAUAUUUGGGAUUGUAUGUGAAUGUUGUGGAAAAGUGUCUGUCAUUGUUUAGUUCACCAAUGCAGUGGGCAAGUGCAAAUGCUAUGUGAAUGAUGAGGGAACUAUAUCAACAAAUGAAAGCAGUGUGUGUGUAUUCACAGUCUGUGAGUGCUGUAUGUGAAUACUUUGCACAGUGUAUGAAUUGUUGUAAGCAAUGUGUGAAUGUGGACUGCGAGAGGCAUUGAGUACUCAGAGAAUAAUGUUGUCAAAUCAUGAAUGCUUUGUUUGGCAUGUCUAUGUGGAUAGUAAAUUAUGUUCAACUCCUUGGCUAUCAAACCCCCAACUUCAUAUUUUAGCCACAUUGCAUGGAAAUUACAAGAAUAUUGACAGAGGAAAAGGAAUAUCAAGAUGGUGUACUGAUCACAUUGCUCUUUAGAUAUUUGUAUACAUUUAUAUUAUAUACAUAUGUAUGUGCAUGUAUACUACACAGGGUUUGAAAAAUUAGCAAACUCCUAAAGCAUGUUAGUAUCAUGGAACUAAUAAGAAGUAGGGUUGUCAUUAGUCACUAGCACUAUCGCUUGUAGGUUUGUUGUUGUUUUGCAGGGAAAAGAGGAAGAGCGAUGUAAUUAUUUUUAGCACUCCACUCUUGUACCUCCAUUGUCCAGUAUUCCCUUUCAGGCAGAUGAAGCUACCAGGAGCAAUUUCAUCAUUGUAUUCCCACAUAUGUGUGAGAAAGCAAAAUGGGCGCAUCAUUUUUCAUCUACCUUUUUUUUUUAUAUACAUACCUUUUCAUGUAUUAAACUUUAGAGUUACAGCUGAUGGAAAAUGGCACGUGGAAGCUUACAUUUUACAUAUUUAGCAUAAAAGUUUCCAUUCAUAAGAUAAAGUAGUUCCUACUUUGUCUUAUGAUACCCUUUGUGACAGACCCAUCUGUCUGGAUUACAAAUACUUUGUUCGCCUGUUUUGCCGGUUACAUGAAUUUCCCCAUUCGUAUGCUUUAUUCAAGGGAAUGUCGUUUUUUUUGUCGAACGGAACUACCGAACGGACGGCCACCCAGAAGAGAAGUGUGCUGCUGGUUAACCUAUUGAUCCCAAUUAGAACGUUGCGGUUAACCACAGACACUUCUCAAUUAAAACCGAAUGCCGGGUGGUCGUCGUUCGUAUGUCGACCACGAGGCGGCGGCCAUUUUGUCCAUGCGAACGACCAGCGGUGUUCGACGAUUAUUUCAUGGAUCUGAAAACGGACACUUUUUCAGCCGAACACCGCUGAAGCCGUCGACCUCCCCUUCUCAAUCGACAAAAGUAUACGAAUGCCAGCCGUUCGGGAGAUUCAACCACACGAAUGGACUUAACCCAGAUAGCCGUCCCAUGGAGUCAAUCGCAUACCGAAGAACUGAAAGAGACUUUGACUCCAUGGCGAUUGAACUGUGCGAAUGGGAUCUGAGCGCUAUUCUCCAAUAAUGUGCACUCAGAUCCAGGCUAUCUGGGGAUAUGCAAUACGAAUGUAAAAUGUUCGGCCGUUAUGUAGUUAUGGAUUUUUAUGUGUUUUUGUGACUUGUGUUUAAAAUGGCGAUUGCCUCUGCUCUGGGAGAUAAUUGAGUUACUUCCCAAUUAUCCCCCGAGCAGAGGGGAGGGAACUGUACUGCAUGCUGGGAUUAUUGUGGGGAUGUAUGUCCAAAAUGUCCCCAUGUCCUUCUGUGAUUCCAGUCUCCCAUUUGGUCCCCUAGGGGAUUGUCCACCAAGUGGGAGACCUGCAUAAAUACCGGGCAGGUAGCCCACAGUAAAUCAGUUCGUGUUUUACCCUCAAAGCGGAGCUUGGUCUCGUUAUUGGGGGGAUUUGGUUACCAGCGACUAAGGACUGCUUAUUUGGAUUAUUUGCCGCUUGGGAGAUAUUGACGUUCGGUUACUAUUUGCCAUUCGUGGAUUUGCAGCUCGUGAAGGGAAUUAGCCGUACAGGUACAGUUCGGGAGUUUGGAGUGUUCCCUGGUUGGCGGUUCGCAUGGUUUUACUAUACCCGCUACCCGACCACAUUAUUGCGAACGGGGGAUACUCGCUAAACGGCGGUUUGUACAUUUCAUUACUGGAGGUACCGUAACAACUGGUGGCAAGCGACGGGAUGAUCCUCAGCGCCCAAAGAAACCACUACAACCAGGAUUAAAUGGAACUACAAUACCAGAACCUGAGAAGAGCUACCCUGAAGGAUUUAUUGGAACAAAGAGGCGGACAAGCCAGUAACCUCAGGAAGAGGGAUAUUAUUACACUAUUGCUGGAAAUGGAUGGAGUACCAGCGGAAGAGGGAACGAAUGGACCCAGCACAGCUGACAGAACCCCCGAGGAGGCAAGCUUCGACCGGGCGGUAAGAAUCAGGCUGGCCCAUUAUGGUCCCAACCCAACUAAUGAGACUGUCACCCAGGUCAUAGCCGCUGUGGAGGCCAACCUGCUACGCCAAAGCGGUGCUGCAGCAGCCCCAGUCACAGCAGACCCGGGAGAUAGGAAAAAGGUACCAUUUACAGCAUUUAAAGCCUUCAGUGAGACAGAAGGAGAGAUUGAUGGGUACCUUGCUGAUUUUGAGCGGCAAUGUGCCCUGCACAAGGUACCCCUAGAAGACUGGGUUACUAUACUGUCUGGCAAGUUAUCCGGCCGGGCCAGCGAGGCUUUUCGGGCCAUUCCAGAUGAGGAGAUUGGGGAUUAUGGAGCCGUCAGGGAAGCUUUACUCUCCCGGUAUGCUGUUACACCUGAGGCGUACCGGAGGAGGUUCCGAGACACGGUUAAAACCUCUGGGGACUCAUAUGUGGAAUGGGCAUGCAAGGUGCACCGCACAGCCGCUCACUGGAUGGCGGGGUGCCAGGCUGUGUCCGGGGAAGAGGUGCUGCAGAUGUUCCUCUUAGAACAUUGUUUUGAUAAAUUACCAGCAGGGGUCAGAGAGUGGGUAAGGGACCGUAAACCCUCCACUCUGCACGAAGCAGCUCGCCUGGCGGAUGAGUAUACCGAUGCCCGCAAACUGGACAGUCUCAUCAGUAAGGCUCCCGCCAGAGUGGAGUACAGGCCAGCAGCACCAACAGCAGCCAACCUAUACCAGCCUCCCAUGACUCGCCCAUCAGCACCACCUCCAUCUGCUCCGUACCAACAGCCACCCAGGUUUAAUGCACGGGAAUACACGCAACCCAUUCGGUGCUACCUGUGCAAGCAACUAGGGCACAAGCGACCAGAGUGCCCGAUGAACAGCGCCAACCAGAACCAGUCCUGGAGGAGACCAGCAGGCGGCAAUCCACGACCUCCCCUCCCGGCCGCUCACUGUGUAGAGGAAGAAGAGUGCUGGGGCAUCCUGCAUGAGGCAGACCCCGUUCAGGCUGCUCACCGGGAUAACCGACAGCAUCACCGGCAGUGUGUGAAAGUAAAUGGGAAGGAGGUCAGUGGUCUACGGGAUACCGGGGCAACCAUGACUUUGCUCCAGAAGCACCUGGUAUCAGAAGCCCAACAUACCGGGACACGGUCGCCGUACGAGUAGCUGGAGGUGCCGUGUUUCGUCUGCCCGUUGCCCGGGUACAUUUGGAUUGGGGAGUGGGCGCUAGACAUGUGAAUGUGGGGGUCAUGAAGGACUUACCAGCGGAUGUUCUCCUUGGAAAUGACUUGGCGCCCCUUGUUUCCGCUUACGCUCCCAUGGGUCCUGCUGAAGUGGAUGCUGUCACGACCCGUGCCCAGACCCGUGCCGCUGAGACCGGCCCACCUGCUGCUGAGACCCAGGUAAGACUCUCUUCCCCGACUUGUACCUUAGACCAGGCCCCUUUAGGCUGGGAUACCCCAGAGAUGUACGGGAAGGAAACCAGGGAAGACCCGACGCUAGCCAAGUACAGGGCCAGGGCCGAUUCUGGGGGAGAAGGAGUAGAUGGGGAGCACUACGAGUGGGUGGGGGAUAGACUAUACAGGAUGCCGAAACCGCCCCAGAAGCCGAGUACCCCUCCGCAGAAUCGACAGCUAGUGGUGCCUGCAAAAUACCGGCAGGAGAUUCUGCGGAUUGGGCAUGAUGUGCCAUUAGCAGGCCAUCUAGGUUCCCGCCGCACAGCUCAUAGGAUCACACAAAAUUUCUUCUGGCCCAAUUUUAACCGAGAUGUGCAGGUUUACUGUAGCACGUGUGACACUUGUCAACGGGUAGGUAAGCGGGGGGAUCACCCAAAAGCUAGGCUUCAGUCGAUGCCUAUCAUUGGAGAACCCUUUUCCCGCAUAGCCGUUGACAUUGUGGGUCCACUGGCCAGGGCUAGCCCAUCAGGUAAGAAGUAUAUUCUCACCGUGGUGGACUAUGCCACACGUUAUCCAGAGGCAGUAACGCUGUCUAAUAUAGAGGCAGAGACGGUUGCUGAUGCCCUGGUUAAAAUCUUUACUAGGGUCGGGUUCCCUCAGGAGAUCCUCUCCGAUCAGGGAACCCAGUUCACCGCUGUGCUUACCCAGCAGCUGUGGAAGGUGUGCGGUAUUAAACCUCUGCUUAGCUCACCGUAUCACCCACAGACUAACGGUCUCUGCGAGCGAUUUAAUGGCACCCUCAAACAGAUGUUGAGGACCUGUACUGACACUUGCAGAGAUUGGGAGCGAUUCCUGCCUCAUCUGCUAUUUGCAUACAGAGAGGUGCCCCAGGAAUCUACUGGGUUCUCCCCCUUUGAGUUACUCUAUGGGAGAAGGGUCCGUGGACCCCUAGAUCUCAUUAGAGGACACUGGGAGGGGGAGACAGAGCAAGAAGGGACUCCCAUAGUAUCAUAUGUCCUGGAACUCCGGGACCGCAUGGAGAAACUAUCCCUGAUGGUCAGGGAGAAUCUCCAGGCGGCCCAGGGGAGACAGAAACGGUGGUACGAUCGGGGGGUGCCCGACAGCGGGUCUUCCAGGUGGGGCAGAAGGUUCUGGUACUCAAGCCUGUGAAGACAAACAAGAUGCAAGCAUCUUGGCAGGGCCCGUAUAAAGUGUUAGCUCAGGUGUGUGAUACUACCUACUGUGAUAAAGUUAAGGCAGAUAGACCUUUUAACCCCAGGGGAAGUACGUGUAGUUCGUGUGUUGCACAACCCAACGCUUUGUUUAGUUAUGGGCCCCUGGGGUGGAGCAUUUGGAGAGAAGGGUGGGCCAAUGCUCCACUCCACAGUUUAGUGGUUUUCUGGGGAGACAUAGAUCCAGGCCAGGGUUUUUUGGACGUCUCCAACCCACUGCUCAGCUGCAGUUAAUGAGCUAUUGCAGUGGGAAUAAACCCCUCCCGGCUAGGCAGGAAAAGGAGAGGGAUUGCUGGCUUCCUCCCAGGAAGCAGGUAGGAGAGAGAGGCUGUUCUCUCCAGAUAGAGUCAAGGAGACUAGGCACUUGGAGUGCAGAAAGGAAGCAGUCAGGGCAAGGCUGGCUUGGAGCACUGGGAGUGCAGAAAGGAAAGCAGUCAGGGCAAGGCUGGCUUGGAGCACUGGGAGUGCAGAAAGGAAAGCAGUCAGGGCAAGGCUGGCUUGGAGCACUGGGAGUGCAGAAAGGAAAGCAUCAGGCUAGCUAGCAGAGUGUUGCUCUCUAAUAAGGUUGGUGCCAUAUUGUUUUGUUUAGUUUAACCCUGAGAGAUAGGGAACCUAAUGUCAGUUAGUGCUCAGACGAGCUAGGUUUUUGUUUAUACGGUUUUCUGUUACAUUUGUUUUCAUUUACUGCUGUAUCCUGUGUGAACUUACAAAUAAAGUGCCUGGAGUAUAUGCAAUAACAAGGACUGUGCAUGUUUUUGCUCUAGAGGACCGUGCUACCUGCAAACAAGGAUCACAAUAUGGUGGAGAAUGCGGGCACAGUAGCACAUUGAGGGUCUGUGGGUGUGCCAGUCAUUUGGUAGUCUGCUUGAGGACUUUUAUUUUUGCAGACCUGUUAAGCAAACAAGUAGCACUGUACCUUUAAGACUGUUACCUGCUUGGUGCUAUAAUGGAGGACCUGCUGAGAGCUGUGGUACAGGCAACGGCUAAACAACAAGGCACAAACAGUUUCCUGGCUGCACAGGUUAAGAACCUGAGGGACGCUCAGCAGGAGCAUAGAGCUGCCCUUACUGAGGUUUUGCAGAUUGCCCCCUGCAGGGAGCGUGGGGACAAGGGACCCCGUAACCAAGCUACUGACAUCCUGCAUAAGAUGACAGAGGCAGUAGAAGAAGUCUUUCGCAAGCUGAAAAGCAUGGAGGCAACAAAGCGUGAUGUUGAGAAACACACAGAAGAGAGAGAACCGGAAUUAAAAGGCAAGAAGGAUAAAAUUGAUCCUGAAAGCAGUGAUAAUGUGGAAGAUGGUGAAAAUGCAGUUGGAUCAUCCAAGGAACAAAAAGCAAAAGAGAAAAAGGUAGUAAUGAGACCAGCAAAUCUAAAGGAAAACCCGGAAUUGUCAAGAGGCAGUGAUGGUGACAGUGAUGACAUGCGCCAAAGUAAAGAGGUCUUUGAAAAAGAGUUGGUGGUAAGCAAAAAACACCCAGAAGGUGUAAGUAAAGUUAGUGAAUACAGCCAGGGAAAGAAAAAUGAAGCAGAAGCCCCUGAUGUACACCCAAGUGAACAAGUCAAAGGCAUGAAAAGCAGACUGACUUGGGGAGUCAGAGAAGACAACAGCAGAGGAGCUGAGCAAAAUGGAGAGAAGCAAAGCACCCCAGUUGAGCUCAAAAAUGCUGUGCACUGUUUAGUAGCAGAGGCUACCCAAAAAUGUCGACCAGCUGUUGAACAGUUUGGCAGAGAAAAGCAAGGCAGAGAAGUAGUGCAAAACGAAGUCAAAACAAGAAAGGCAAAGUAGCCGCUUCUGAUCUAAGCCUAGAGAGAGCGACAGUUACAGAACCAAGCUGUGAUGAUAAGAUGGGCACGUCCGCAGCUAAGCCAGACCAAGGCGAACGUCACAAAGUAGGUGACAUUGGCGUAGCAGAAUUAAAUAUUUCAAAGACAUCUGGUAUUGCUACAAAGACUUUGAAUGAUUUUUUGGGAGCCGUAGAACUUGAUCUGCUGGCAAAGACUACUGCUACACGGCCUGGGCGCACUGACUACCUGGAACAGCUGCCAGACUCUGGGAGCACAAUCAUGGAAUCAAAGGUGGAACUCGGAAUGCCUGACUGGCUGUUUGAUACCGGGGCUGUCAUGACCCAGCCAGAGGCCAUGACUGCGUCUCCGGACAACCCCGAGGGAGCAGGGAGACUGCCAGACAGCCCAGAGGAAAGCUUUUCUGACAGUGAGAGGUGGCCACUCAAGGCAGAGCAUUCGGAGGAUACCCCUGGGGAGGAAGCCAAGCAAAGGAGAGAUGAGCUAAGCCGGGAGUCUGGGCCUCAGGUAGAAGAACAGUGCUGCAUACCAGGCCAGGCUGAGCAUGAUAGGAUGGAGCUGGGAUCAAAGGCUGCAUUCAUGCAGGAGGAGGGUGCUCCAGACAGCCUCCCUGGCCAACCCCCUGAGGAUAUAGAGAUGAGACCUGUAGCAUUACCCGUAGGGAGCAAGGAAGGCUCCCAGGAAUUCACAGAACUGAUGGAGGAUGUUGUGGAGCCCUUCAUGGAGGGACCUGUUCCAGUGGAGGAUGAGCUGGUGACAGAACCAGGUCUUGAAGAGGUUGAGCACCUGGAAAAUUCAGCUCAUGAAGGAAUUGGACGUAGAGCUACACGCCAAGCCUUUGCAAAGUUUGCUUUUGAAAGUUACUCUAACAUUGAGAGAUUAUCAAAUCAGAAGCUGUGGAUGUGGAAGCAGAUGAUUGAGAGGAACUUGGCUGCUAAGGAGCCACAUCGUAUUCAUCCUCAGCCUAGAUCCGCUAGCAACCAGAUAAGCGGGGGAAAUGGAAAGAAAGGACAAAACCUGAUACUGAGCCUGGGACAAUAUAACUAUGCUGGCAGAACGUACCCAAAAGUCCCAUUACGGCUACGAGACCAGACUGAGAAAAACCCCCGAUGCUUCAACUGCCACAUGCAAGGACAUAUUGCAUAUAACUGUCCUGAGACUGAAGAGCCAAUACAAUGUGACAUAGGAAUAAGGGCUCUGCAUAGGAUAGUAUUGCCUUGCUUAAAGAUGUGUAUGGUGACUGGUGGUGGUGUUACAGCACAGCUAAAAGUGGUGAUGGUGGUAGGGAAGAGUGCACAAGCACUAAUUAAUUCAGGGAGUGAGGCUACUUUGAACAAUGUUCUGCUCCAGCCAGAAAAAUGUGAUAUAAGACAAGUGAUUGAUAUUGUGGGUACACAUGGUGACACCCGCACAUACCCCAUGGCAGAGGUAGAGUUUGCCACAGAGGUAGUAAAAGUUAAAUGCCCUGUAGUACAUGUAGCUCAAACACAAGAGCGUAUAAGUAAGGCCAGGUUUCUGAGUACCUUGGACCUGGUCAUAAGGUAUUGGCAGGUUCCCCUGACAGAGACAGCAAAGGGAAGGACAGCGUUUUCUACUCCCAAGGGGUUAUGGCAACAUAAAGUACUGCCAUUCAGGUGGCAUAGUGCACCAGCCCCCUUUCAGCAUAUGAAUAAGAUACUUUGGCCCCACGGAGAGAAUGCCGCUGCCUACCUUGGUGAUGUGGCAAUUCACAGGGUGGACUUGGAAACACACCUGAUGAAGGUCCAGUUAGUUGUGAAUAAUGUAAGGGCUGUCGGUCUGACCGCUAACACUAAGUGUUAUCUAGGAUUUGAGGCAGCUAACUAUUUGUGUUGUCCGCUUGGGUGGGGGUUCCUUAAACUACAAGGGAGCAAGGUAGCAGCCAUCUACAAUAGGCCACAUCCUGUAACUGAGGAGCAAGUCAGGGCUGGUACAGCCCUAGGUUUUAUAAAUGUUCACGGUUUGUGUUUGAAGGCCGCUCGACCCGAUGGGUCUGAGCUGGGGAGGAGGAUAUGUGAUAAAGUUAAGGCAGAUAGACCUUUUAACCCCAGGGGAAGUACGUGUAGUUUGUGUGUUGCACAACCCAACGCUUUGUUUAGUUAUGGGCCCCUGGGGUGGAGCAUUUGGAGAGAAGGGUGGGCCAAUGCUCCACUCCACAGUUUAGUGGUUUUCUGGGGAGACAUAGAUCCAGGCCAGGGUUUUUUUGGACCGUCUCCAACCCACUGCUCAGCUGCAGUUAAUGAGCUAUUGCAGUGGGAAUAAACCCCUCCCGGCUAGGCAGGAAAAGGAGAGGGAUUGCUGGCUUCCUCCCAGGAAGCAGGUAGGAGAGAGAGGCUGUUCUCUCCAGAUAGAGUCAAGGAGACUAGGCACUGGGAGUGCAGAAAGGAAGCAGUCAGGGCAAGGCUGGCUUGGAGCACUGGGAGUGCAGAAAGCAAAGCAGUCAGGGCAAGGCUGGCUUGGAGCACUGGGAGUGCAGAAAGGAAAGCAGUCAGGGCAAGGCUGGCUUGGAGCACUGGGAGUGCAGAAAGGAAAGCAACAGGCUAGCUAGCAGAGUGUUGCUCUCUAAUAAGGUUGGUGCCAUAUUGUUUUGUUUAGUUUAACCCUGAGAGAUAGGGAACCUAAUGUCAGUUAGUGCUCAGACGAGCUAGGUUUUUGUUUAUAGGGUUUUCUGUUACAUUUGUUUUCAUUUACUGCUGUAUCCUGUGUGAACUUACAAAUAAAGUGCCUGGAGUAUAUGCAAUAACAAGGACUGUGCAUGUUUUUGCCCUAGAGGACCGUGCUACCUGCAAACAAGGAUCACACUACCUUAUAGCCAGCUGUUCAGAUGAAAGGAUCCAGCGAUCCUUCCAUGUGAACAUGCUGAAGGAGUAUCAGGAACGACCAGAGGAUGUGGCGGCAGUAUGUGCCCCAGCUACUGACGACUCCGAGAACUUAUCUUUACCUGACCUGUUAGAGAAGGAUCCCCAGACAGACCUUACUAGUCUUGUACAGCUGGGGGACCGGCUAAACCCGGCGGAGAAGGUACAGGCGAGACAGUUACUGUGGGAGAAGCAGGCGACGUUCUCCCAAGAACCCGGUUACACUACCCUAGCUGUACACAAGGUCGAGACACCCGGACAGAACCCCCUACGACAACCCCCAUACCGUAUCCCUGAAGCAGUCCGAGAAGGAAUGCGGACGGAGAUACAGGAGAUGACCAGGCUGGGGGUUAUCGAACACUCAGACAGUCCUUGGGCCUCGCCUGUAGUUCUGGUACCUAAGAAAGAUGGGACCACCCGGUUCUGUGUAGACUACAGGCGGCUCAACGAGCGGACCACCACUGAUGCCUACCCUAUGCCCCGGGUAGACGAGUUAUUAGACCGUAUUGCCAGGGGGCGCUACUUGACCACCAUUGACCUGUGUAAAGGUUAUUGGCAGAUCCCCCUGGCCGAGGAUGCUAUCCCUAAGUCGGCAUUCGUCACCCCAUUUGGCCUGUACCAGUUUAAGGUUAUGCCAUUUGGGAUGAAGAAUGCUCCGGCUACGUUCCAGCGUAUGGUGGAUAGGCUCCUCGAUGGCUUCCAGGACUUUGCAUGUGCAUACCUGGAUGACAUUGCGGUCUACAGUGAGUCCUGGGAAGACCAUUUAGUACACGUGGGGGUGGUGCUGGAUAAGAUUCGGGCCGCAGGCCUGACCUUGAAGCCAGACAAGUGCCAUCUAGGCAUGGCAGAAGUACAGUACUUGGGACACCGAGUAGGAUGUGGAAACCAGAGACCCGAGCCAGCCAAAGUAGAAGCUGUAGCUAACUGGCCCACACCUAUCACCAAGACCCAAGUACUGGCCUUCCUAGGGACGGCAGGGUAUUACUGACGUUUUGUCCCAGACUACAGUACGGUUGCCAAGCCCUUGACUGACCUGACUAAGAAGAAUUUGCCUAAGCAGGUCCUGUGGUCUCCAGCUUGUGAAGCCGCGUUUCAAGCACUUAAGCAGGCUCUUGUGAAUGCCCCUGUCCUGGCUGCCCCAGUCCCUAACAAACGUUUUCUUGUACAUACAGAUGCUUCCAUGUAUGGACUGGGGGCUGUGCUAAGCCAGGUCGGGGAAGAUGGAGGAGAGCACUCUGUCGCAUACUUGAGCAGAAAGUUACUACCUCGGGAAGUGAGUUAUGCGGCAGUGGAGAAAGAGUGUUUAGCCCUGGUCUGGGCACUGAAGAAAUUGAGCCCUUAUUUGUAUGGACAGGAGUUUUCCCUUAUUACGGACCAUAACCCCCUUGUCUGGCUUAACCGGGUCUCAGGAGACAAUGGCAGACUGCUGAGGUGGAGUUUGGCACUACAGCCUUACAACUUCACCAUCAGCUACCGACCCGGUAAGCAGAAUGGGAAUGCGGAUGGGUUGUCCCGGCAAACAGACGUCCCUACUUCUUCCCAGUCCAGUCAUCCCCAAGUUGACCCGCCAAAGGGUCAAGCCGGGUCUGCCGGAGUGUUCCACAAGGGGGGAGCCGUGUGACAGACCCAUCUGUCUGGAUUACAAAUACUUUGUUCGCCUGUUUUGCCGGUUACAUGAAUUUCCCCAUUCGUAUGCUUUAUUCAAGGGAAUGUCGUUUUUUUGUCGAACGGAACUACCGAACGGACGGCCACCCAGAAGAGAAGUGUGCUGCUGGUUAACCUAUUGAUCCCAAUUAGAACGUUGCGGUUAACCACAGACACUUCUCAAUUAAAACCGAAUGCCGGGUGGUCGUCGUUCGUAUGUCGACCACGAGGCGGCGGCCAUUUUGUCCAUGCGAACGACCAGCGGUGUUCGACGAUUAUUUCAUGGAUCUGAAAACGGACACUUUUUCAGCCGAACACCGCUGAAGCCGUCGACCUCCCCUUCUCAAUCGACAAAAGUAUACGAAUGCCAGCCGUUCGGGAGAUUCAACCACACGAAUGGACUUAACCCAGAUAGCCGUCCCAUGGAGUCAAUCGCAUACCGAAGAACUGAAAGAGACUUUGACUCCAUGGCGAUUGAACUGUGCGAAUGGGAUCUGAGCGCUAUUCUCCAAUAAUGUGCACUCAGAUCCAGGCUAUCUGGGGAUAUGCAAUACGAAUGUAAAAUGUUCGGCCGUUAUGUAGUUAUGGAUUUUUAUGUGUUUUUGUGACUUGUGUUUAAAAUGGCGAUUGCCUCUGCUCGGGGAGAUAAUUGAGUUACUUCCCAAUUAUCCCCCGAGCAGAGGGGAGGGAACUGUACUGCAUGCUGGGAUUAUUGUGGGGAUGUAUGUCCAAAAUGUCCCCAUGUCCUUCUGUGAUUCCAGUCUCCCAUUUGGUCCCCUAGGGGAGUGUCCACCAAGUGGGAGACCUGCAUAAAUACCGGGCAGGUAGCCCACAGUAAAUCAGUUCGUGUUUUACCCUCAAAGCGGAGCUUGGUCUCGUUAUUGGGGGGAUUUGGUUACCAGCGACUAAGGACUGCUUAUUUGGAUUAUUUGCCGCUGGGAGAUAUUGACGUUCGGUUACUAUUUGCCGUUCGUGGAUUUACAGCUCGUGAAGGGAAUUAGCCGUACAGGUACCGUUCGGGAGUUUGGAGUGUUCCCUGGUUGGCGGUUCGCAUGGUUUUACUAUACCCGCUACCCGACCACAUUAUUGCGAACGGGGGAUACUCGCUAAACGGCGGUUUGUACAUUUCAUUACUGGAGGUACCGAAACACCCUUCAAUUGCAAUUGAAUUUCACUAAAUUUCCAAGAUUAAACAUUUCAUUUUUUGUAAAGAUUAUAUUGUUAUGUAACCUUUUCAGUGACAGUAACACAACUGAGAACAUCUUCAAGAGCAUAAUUGCAUUUAACAACAAUCCUAUGAAUAUUUGUGAAACUCUGCCAAUGAGCUUCUAUUGCAACUACUACUUACUUCCCAAUUCCAGCAUCCAGAGACACAGUUUGGAGAGGGGCUUAAAGGGCAAACCGAUAAGGUGUCCGGCCCUGUCCAGAUGGGGGGGAGGGGAGGGGAAGGGGGCAAACAAAUUACUGAUCAUAAGCACAAAAACCUUCCUAAAAGCUCCCCUCCCUCUUUGCCUUGCACUUACUUCCUUGUUUGUCUUCUGGGCAAACACUUCUUGUAGAGAAGGCCUCAGAACAAAUCCAAAGUUCUGAACUUUUCAUAAAGAUGGGUGGUUUUAUUCAGAUAUUAUUAUUAUUAUUAUGAUGAUGAUAUUUAUAGAGCGCCAUCAAAUUCUGCAGCGCUUUACAAUGGGUGGACGAACAGACAUGUAGUUGUAACCAGACAAGUUGGACACACAGGAACAGAGGGGUUGAGGGCCCUGCUCAAUGAGCUUACAUGCUAGAGGGAGUGGGGUAAAAUGACACAAAAAGGUGAGGACUAGUGGCAGUUGCAGAAGAGAUAUGCAGGGUUAGUAACUAAAGUGUCAAUUGCCAGGGAUUAAAAGUGGAUUCAAUAGGAAUUUUAAAUAUAAGGUAAAAUAUGUCAAACUGAAAACAGAACAAACUUGGAGUAAUAUUCUAAUAUAGCUAUUUUGGCCUAAAUUUCGUGAUUCCCAGCAAUUCUCCAAUUAGUGAAUAACUAUGUUAGAGCAAAAAAUGGGUCGCAAGAGUAUUCUGAGGACGGACAGCAGCUAAAAUAGCCUGCCCUUCGGUGGGUCCCCGCUCAGAACUCAAGCUGGUUUUAGCUCAUCUUGUGCCAUUACAGAGAGAAUAUAUCUGAAGCAUAUCAGACUGGUCCCACCCAUACGGGCAGUCCAGAACCAAAAUGCCAGCAAGUUCUCUCUGCACGAGAGAUACAGCAACCCCAGACGAUCGUUUCAGCCUCGUUAGGCAUCAUCGGUGAGCCAUAGCGGAUAUCUCUCUAGGCACAGUGAGCAAGGGGUCCACGUCUGGAUUACCCUUUAAACUUAUGGAGAGCAAAAAACGGGUCGCAAGAGUAUUCUGAGAAUGGACAGCAGCUGAAAUAGCCUGCCCUUUGGUGGGUCCCCGCUCAGAACUCAAGCUGGUUUUAGCUAAUCUUGUGCCAUUACAGAGAGAACAUAUCUGAAGCAUAUCAGACUGGUCCCACCCAUACGGGCAGUCCAGAUCCGAAAUGCCAGCAAGUUCUCUCUGCACGAGAGAUACAGCAACCCCAGACGAUCGUUUCAGCCUUGUUAGGCAUAGUCAGUGAGGCAUAGCUGAUAUCUCUCUAGGCACCGUGAGCAAGGGGUCCACGUCUGGAUUACCCUUUAAACUAAUGGAGAGCAAAAAAUGGGUUGCAAGUGUAUUCUGAGGACAGACAGCAGCUAAAAUAGCCUGCCCUUCGGUGGGUCCCCGCUCAGAACUCAAGCUGGUUUUAGCUCAUCUUGUGCCAUUACAGAGAGAACAUAUCUGAAGCAUAUCAGACUGUCCCACCCAUACGGGCAGUCCAGAUCCGAAAUGCCAGCAAGUUCUCUCUGCACGAGAGAUACAGCAACCCCAGACGAUCGUUUCAGCCUUGUUAGGCAUCGUCAGUGAGGCAUAGCUGAUAUCUCUCUAGGCACCGUGAGCAAGGGGUCCACGUCUGGAUUACCCUUUAAACUAAUGGAGAGCAAAAAAUGGGUUGCAAGUGUAUUCUGAGGACAGACAGCAGCUAAAAUAGCCUGCCCUUCGGUGGGUCCCCGCUCAGAACUCAAGCUGGUUUUAGCUCAUCUUAUGCCAUUACAGAGAGAACAUAUCUGAAGCAUAUCAGACUGGUCCCACCCAUACGGGCAGUCCAGAUCCGAAAUGCCAGCAAGUUCUCUCUGCACGAGAGAUACGGCAACCCCAGACGAUCGUUUCAGCCUUGUUAGGCAUCGUCAGUGAGGCAUAGCUGAUAUCUCUCUAGGCACCGUGAGCAAGGGGUCCACGUCUGGAUUACCCUUUAAACUAACUACUAUGUUAGUAAUUCAAAUAAAAAUCAUAAUUUAGGGCAGUAUUGGUUCAACUUCUAAUAGUGGCUUCCUGUAUGAAACUGUAAUGGAUUGAAAUUCUUACAUUUCAAACUGGAAAAGAGGGAACAUUUUGUUUUAGGGGUGGGAUUGAGGGUGUGGCCAGGGGCAGGGCUAUUCUGAGACAUUUUGGGUGACUUAGUAAUAAUCUAAGCAACUAAAAUGUAAUUUAAAACAAUGUAUCAUUUUUACACAAACUGAUUACUAAAUACAUUUAUUUUAGUUUAAAGACACAUGACAGAUGUAGCCUUAAGCACUGAGCUAUUUUAUCAUCUAAAAAAUAUUACUGGCACAGAUAUAGUGGGUAGAAAAUGCCACAGACAUUUUUUAAACAAUAGUCAUUGUCAUAACAAUAAAUAAUAACAGAAUCAAACAUUAAUAUACAACCAUAUAACAUAGACAAUGACAAUUAUAACAGACAUUUCAAACACAAGCUUGCUCUCAGGGACACCCCAGUGAAACCAUCACACCAUUAAUAGGGCAUAUCCCCAUGCCCUACCACCAACCUUGGGUUAUGAGCUAACCUCCCAGCUCUAACCAUUACCCCAGCCUUAAAAGGCAAACACCAUAAAGUUUUGAGCAUCAAGCACCCCCAGGAGAAAGCUACCGCCAUGGCUGUGACAAAUGAUUCCAUAGCUCUUGACACCAACCUAGACCUGGAUCAUUCACCUGAAAAAAAAAAGAAAAAACAGCAGCAAAUAGCAAAAACUUGAAAAAACAACCAAGGGCUUACAAUAAGGGAGGGAGGGUGAGACAAACUUCUUGCUGCUCCAAAAUUAAUUCCUUGCAGUUAUUCUAAGUCCCACCCCAGUAUAUAUGCUUUAAUUGCAUAGCUCUGCACCCCUUACAAACCCAUCAAUCCUGGCUGCAAGGUGCCUCCCUCCUGUCACGGCUCUACACCUCUAGGGAUUCUGUAUGCUGCAUGACAGAUUUAGCCUCGACCACUGGACUGUCUUACCAUCUAAAAAAUAUUACUGGCACAGACAUAGUGGGUAGAAAAGGCCACAGCCAUUUUUUUUAAAAACCAUAGUCAUUGUCAUAACAAUAAAUCAUGGAAUACAAUCAAGCAUGAAUAUUCAACCAUAUAACAUAGACAAUGACAAUUAUAACAGACAUUUUAAAACACAGGCUUGCUACCAAGGACACCCCAAUUAAAACCAUAACACCAUUGAUAAGGCAUAUCCAAACCACCAACCUCUGGUUAUGAGCUAACCUCCCAGGCCUAACUGUAAUCCCAACCAUAAUAGGCAAACACCAUGAGAUUUUGAGCAUCAAGCACCACCAGGAGCAAGCUACUGCCAAUGACCACCUAAUAAGUCCUUAUUAAUGGUGGUUCCCCACACCCAACAAGAAAAUGGAAUUCUCUAACCCAUCAUGUAGCCCUUAAGAAAAAAAUAGAUCUAAUCCCAAAGCAGACGUGUGAACCCUAGCCUUACAGAACAAGCUGGUCCAAUCCUUUUCCAGCAGACUAUGCCACACCACCACCACCUCUUGCUGUUUUCUGACAAAGAUGGACAUAAGUUUGCUCACCUUACCCCUGCUGCAUUCCAUAGCCUGUGAGUCCCUAGCAUACCUCCAAAUAAUUUCUAACCACACAAAUUGAAUACCCGGAAUCAAAUCUUGAAUGCGGACUAAAUCCUUCUGCAUAGCUCUUACUAACUCUUUCUGUGUUGUUAUACCCAUAUCAUUCCUAUAAUGAACAAUCAGUAUGUUUAGCUAGACACAAAGGCAAAGGAAACGUAGCAAUGUAGCAAGCUCCUCUUCCUAUCUCAUUCCUUUAUCCCCACACCACUUUACCUAAACAAAAUUCCUUGUAAAACCCAGCUGCAGCCAAUUCAACCUAACGGCAGCUCUCUACUUGGACCAGUAUACAAUGGAGUGACUGAUUAUCCAUACCACAUAUUUUGGAUCUGCAAGAUAAAAAGAAAAUACGGAAAAUCCCUUUAACCCGAGCCAGGCCGCAUCAGUAGUGGCUGUCAUGAACGCAGUCUACUUCAAGAGUAUGCGUGACAUAGUUAAGGUGGUGAAAGGGUUAUUCAGUAUUUGUCUGCACUAGACCGGAAAUAAUGAUAAAUACCCUCUUAACACCACCCACACUUAAGCAUAAUAAUAUAAAUAUUACUGUUUUAACGCUGCAGCCACCAAGACAAUUUAUAAAUGGGGUGCCUUGGUCCCCCAGGUAAACUUAAUAAUAAAAGCCCACCAAAUGUAACUUAGCACAAUAUCUAUGUAAUUGCAAAAUACUAAUUAGUCUCUUCAGGUAACGUGAUUCUUUACCAGUCAAAGGCAGAACUUAAUAUAGGAAUAUUUAUUAUGAGCAAUCGUCACAGCACAUGCAAAAAUAUAGAUGACAAAUCAAAUUAUUUACACCAACAAAAGAUAAAACCAAAAGGGAUAAUAUAACAGAACUCCUAAUCACUUACUCAGCUUUUCAAAGUAAAACUUGUACCCCAGGGGGUCUCUGCUAAGAAAGAUGGUGACUUACUUAGAAUUAGAUUCUGGCCCCUCAAGCAAGUACAAAUUCACCCCUCAGUAUCAUUGGCUAUAUACCCUGUGGAUAACCACGCCUGGCCUAGAGGUGAAGUUAAGACAAUAGAGACAAUAUGUGACCACCUCCUUGUGGUCCAGACCAACAUCAAUCCAAAUGGAAGAAUUUGGUUCCAUCUUCUCUUAUGCACUUGCCACAGAAAUAAUAACUGCAUCUAGGAAUUGGUUACAAUUUCUCCAUUCCAUAGAUAUGUCACACUUACUUGUAUACAAUAUAAGUCCCGAUCUCUUCCCAUAUGGUUAAGUUAAACCAAUCAUGUUUUGGCUUGUUUAGAAGAUGGUGCUUGUCCCAUUCUAAAUAUAAUAAAAAUGAGGCUUAAUUAUUAUUCUGUGGACACAUAUUAAUGUUCCUUUUGGGUAUGAUACUUGAUAAUUAUCAAUGAUCAAGAAAUUACCUCAUAAAUUAAAAGGUACAGGCCAUAUGGCUGAAGCCAGCUAGUUUACAAUGGCACAAGAUAUUCAGGCUUUUCAAGUGUAGAAUCUCACACCUUGCAGAGCCUUUGAUUGAUCAAAGGAUCCAUCCAUAUGGUAAACCAUCUGACCCCUUUUCACAUUCCUAUGCAAUUUACAUUACCCUUUCGGUCAUCUGACCUCUGUGGGGAUCCCAGCUUUAAAGAGGAAUUAAGGCUAUAAACCUUCUGACCUCCCGUACAAUCAAAUUAACCCCUUUUGACAUUGACAAUACCACGUUUACCAGGCAGGCAGGUCAUCUAUGCACUACACAAUUUACAUUAAAUGACAAUAUUCCAUAGAACAAUAAUGAAUUAUGCAUCCUUGCCAUGACAGCGGGCACCAGUGCGAAAGGGAUAGCUGCCAAAUGCCAUCUCCGGCAAACCUAAAACAGCUAAACCCCAUGAAAAAUGCUUAAAAACUGAUAAUAGGAAAGCACAGAUUGGUCCAAAUGGAUAAGCAAUGGGACACCCGCCAUCGGCCACAUUUCCAAAUAUCCAACAAGCACUUAAUUGGACAGAUAUCCUCCCCAUAUUUUCCCCAGACAACAGUUUUGGAAGAACCCAACCAAAUAAUUACCCUGUCCAAUUCGCAAACGUUGCAAAAAUGCAACCCCCCCAACUUGGCUAGGAUAACCAGUUCUGAGAUGUGAAAGGAUCAGAAAAAAGCGAGCACAAAUGCCGUUUUAAAUAAAACCCGCUUAUAAGGAGGUAAGAACUGCAAAAUGACCCCUCAAUGUACCCACCUCCAAUGGAUGCUGCGUAUGUGGCAACACUUUCCCCCAUUUCAAUUCCUCUAAUGCCUGACGCACAAUAAAAUGUUUCAUAACUGCUUUGAGAUGGUGAAGCCCCACCCAGGGCCACAUGGGUAAUAAACCAUGAUAACACAUCCAAUCUGUGACUAUCAUCCUCAUUCUUACCUGCCCAUGCCAUUAUGCUAUCCCACUUGUCCAAAACUUUACAAUAUGCCGACCAGGUAGAAAGCGCCACCGAUGACCUUCCCAAUACCACAAACAAUUUCUGCCGAGUUUACCCAUCACCUCCGGAACCCUGGAGCCUUCCAACUCUGCUUCCGGUGCCUCCCAUCAAAAUCUCUCCCAUUGCAAAUGAGAAAGAGAGUCUGCUAUGAUGUUUUGAUGCCCUGGAACGUAGCUAGCCUAAAACAAGAUAUACAGCUCCAUACACAACAAAACGAAGUAGCGAAACAAACAAACCACCAGAGCCAAAAAAAAAAGAAAAUCACACACCUAUCCCUUAUGGCCCAUACCCAAAGGGAUAAUGCUACCACCAGUAAAAACAACUCCAGGAAAUCCACAUUUCUAAUAAGUGGACUAGCAUGCCACUCAUCUGACCACCAAGCUGCACACCAUUUACCAUGUAGGUAAUAUCCAAAACCUACACUGCCCAAAGCAUCAGUAAACACUUCAAGCUUGUCUGCUCCUAAAAUUGACUGUUGGAAUACACCUCCCACCAUUCCACCCGUCUCUUUGGCAAGCUCACUUGCAUUGCUGGACAUGCUGCUGAAGCCCCUGGGACCAAUCUGCUGCUGUGCCCAAGCUGUGCCAUGCUCCUGAGUCGCUUCAUGAAUGCUUGUUAAAAGUCUCUCCAAAUCUUCAACCAUGUUGAAGGUAACUCUCCACAAUUGUAAUGCAAACAGUGCAUUGCAAAAAUUACCACCAACACAAAUUCAGAUCGCUCUCACAAACGUCUUGCUGCUUCAAAAUGUAUUUCUGGCAGCUAUUCCCAGCCCGAUCCAAAGACGCAUUAUGCACUCGACAGUCCUGUUUUGCAAUGCCUUAAUUCACUGAAGAUCUAGAUGAGAAGGAUAAUUGGUGAAUGAGCCGAAAGAGCCUGAUUCCUUCUUAGGAACCAAACCCAGAGGUGACACCCGCAAGUUGUCGAAAUAGCGAGGAAGAAAAUGGACCCGCCGUGCAUUCCAACCCAAUCUCCUUUUGAAGUUUCUAUCACAAGAUAUCCUCAUUACCCAAAACCGAUAAUAACUUAGGUGCAAGCAACGCCUCCUGCAACGCAAACAAUUGAAUAACGAUCCGAUCCUGGAGCUUGGAGUACCACACAAGCCAUGGGAGGAAUCUUUCCACCUUCACUGGGGUCCUCACACCAAGAAACGUUCUUGGAUAAGGCUCUCAGGAUGGGCUUAUCCCACUUGAUACAACACACUGCAGUGGGUUAAAUCGACAGCUGCUAUACCACCUUCAGUGGCUCUCAUUAAAGAGCCAUCAGAUGCCCUUCUUGUGACCUACUGACACUCCUGCAGGAGUGGCGACAGAAAGGUGGACUGGUGACACCAGCAGCAACCAAAAGUUGCCAUCCUGCACUCCAAAAUUUCAAUUGAAGUCAGACCAACAUUUUCUGGCAGAACUGCUGGUCAUACCGGAAGCAUCACUGGCCUCCACACACCUUAGAACGCAUUAAAAUGCAAACGUUUAAAAACCUUGCAACCUAUUCCCAAACGUUUGAGGCAAUUACUUACCCUUUUUGUGAGAUGAAAUGAUAUAGAUGAUUUUAAUGGUAAUUUAAGAAAAAGGUAUAAUUUUUUUUAUUUUAUUUUUGCAAUUGGGUUUGGGACCAACUGCCAAUUAACAUAGAGGGUGGGACAACAGUCUUAACCUAUUACCCCAUGAUUACUUGUGGAAUGUGGUGUUCUAUAAUAUACUGGCUUAGAAUGAGGGUAUAAGGUAAGAUGCCACAUAAUAUUAACAUCAGCCCGGGUACGGGGAUCAAUGACCAAGUUGGAAAAAUUGUAGGAACCAUGGAAUAAUAGCAACAUAGCAGCCACAUAAGAAUACGACAGAAAUUUUAGGACAGAUAAGACCGGCCUCCGCAUCCUUGGACCCUCACUCAGGGAUCAAACACAGAUUGCCUCAGCAUAGCACUUCGGUGAGCGGCGGCAUAAACUAGAGACCGGGUGACAUCAAUAAAACCCCUUACGCCGCACCCAACUGACCUGAGGUCCUUUUCUUUUAAAAAAUUAUUUUUAUUACCCCAUUACUUCCUUCUUCUUGUCCUGCACUAUUUUUCUAUUCUACUUUCUACUCACCCCGGGAGUUAAAUAUCCGGGAAUGUACACUAAUGAAUGACUACAGGUGGAAAUGUAAGCGUUACUUAACCUCAAGAAUGACCUGGUUAUUAGACUCAUGGUAUUGUUUAACAUCUAAAAACGUGAUAUGUCUUGGUAAUUUGACCAGCUGUAAUGUAACUGAGCAAUAAGAAGAAACCAAUAUGACACGUGGUUAUUGACAAUUAUUAAGAAAUGUACACCCGUUGCAAUGUAUACUGUAUGUUAAGUGUACAACAUGACUAUCACACAUAAAUAAAGUAUUUAAAAAAUAAUAAUAAUAACAUCAAUUUGGUAUUGUUUAUGCUUUUUCUGUUAAUGGAAAAGUAAAUGUAGACUAAACUGCCGGGGGUGUCUCUUCAAACUUAAGUAUAAACUACCUGUACUAAUGUAAUUAUCAAGACAUAUAUUGACCAGAGGUAACUUAUUUUAUAUAUUAUAUUUCAAUAGAAUACACAUGGCUGCAUAUUCAGUAUUAAUCCUGCUAUUUUGGGCCCAUGCUAUACAUGGAAUGAAAACCAGUAAGCCAAAUGUUUUAUUGUUCGUGGCAGAUGACCUUGGAAUUGGUGACAUUGGCUGUUUUGGAAAUAGCACAAUAAGGUAAUGAUUGUGUGGUUUAAAUGUAUAACUCGAUAUUUGACAUUGUUACAAGUAUGCUAAAGCAAGGUGUGUUGUGAGAGGAGCCCCUACAUGUCCUAUUAAUUUAGGCAGCCUUUGGCAAUCAGUGAUUACAUCUCCCAUAAUGUUUUUUAGAGGGGAGAAGUGGUGAACAACUGGAGUGCCGAAGGUUACUUCCUGAUUUAGGCCAUGGUUAACGCUGAAUGGGGGGACAGCACCAGUGUAUUCCAGGCACUGUGAACCAUUAUGAGAAGAAAUGAUUGUUGUGCUUACAGGGUUCCUUUAAACAGGAGUGGAGAGUUGAUGUAUUUUUCUUGCACUAAAAGCGGCAAUGUUUUUGUCUUUGAUCUGUUUUUAAUCUUGUUCAGAAAGAAAAUAGUACCUUAAUAUAAAUGUUUAACAGGGCAUGAAAAUUCUGUGAAAAAAAGUUUGAGGGACUUUAAUAUAUUUCUCGGUAUCCAUUAUCAGAACAGAGAUCAGGUGCAAACUGUUCCUACUCAAACUUUGUCACCAUUACUUCCCUGAAUUAGGUCUCUGGUAGUGUAGUUACAUUGCUAAACUUAAAGUGAACCUGUCAUGUAAUGUACAGGUUUGCAGUUUGCUAACCAUCUGGCUUGACUUAUGUUCUACAAUUAAGUAUUAAUUCCCUUAAUACUGUUUAAAGCUUUUAUUUGUAUUUAUUUUCAUUACCCCUGUCUCCUGUUGAGAACAACCAUCUUGUUUUAAUGGGUAUUACACUUGCUGUAAGACUCAUGUCUACUCAUGCCUCCCAACCAUCCUGAUUUUGGCAGAUAGUCAUGAUUGUCAGGUACUGUCUGCCAUCCCGAGUUUGAACCCUAUUGUGGACACCAGGGAGCAGUCCUCAAAAAGUGUUGUACAAACAACAGUAGACGCGCUCUCGCUUCACUCAGGCCUCAAUAGGACAGCCUGUGUGAUUGGCAAGCCAAGUAUGCAUACAAACCAGACUGGCCUUUCAGUAAUUCAGACGGACAUACUCCUUUCAGGGCACGUCUGUCUGGCCUGACCCUUUAACCCCUCUUGGGGUGCCACCGUGCCAGUGUUGGUGGGUGAGGGUAUGCCUCAUGCAUACCCCUGUUUAGGUUGCACAGACACACAGACCUGCAUCCCACAAAAGGUUAAAAGUCCCCCAUACUUCAUUCUGGCUUAUGGUUUGUAAAUAAAAUGUAUUGCUUUCUCUCUCCAUUUACAAAGUGCCUUUCCACAACAGUGCAGGAACUGAAAGCAAGCAGGAGACUCACCCAAAGGAGGGUUUCCCUGAUAACAGCUGUAGUGGUUAUGUUGUUAUUAGUGUUCCUUUAAAGAGACUCUAUAAGGCUACCAAAACAACUUUUUCUUAAAGAGACACUAUAGGCACCCAGACCACUUCAGCUGGUUGAAGUGGUCUGGGUGCAUAUUCUCAGGUCCCUUAACCCUGCAAUAGUAAUUAUUGCAAUUAUUGAGAAAGCGCAAUAAUUACUAUCCAGGGUUUACUCAACCUCUAGUAGCUGUUUACCAGACAGCCACUAGAGGGCUUUCCGGAUUGUUAAGCGACUUUUGGUCGCCUUACCGACGCUAGACGUUCUCACACUAUGCAUGAGAUUGUCCAGCGUCACCUGAAACCCUAUAGGAAAGCAUUGUAUAAUUAGGAACAGAAUGUCAGUUGGGGGGACUCUUCCCCCUGAAGAGCCGCCCUAUUGGCGAAAUGCGCGUCGGGGCUCCACUUACCACUUGUGGUCAAUCUGCAGAGGCCUAACUGACAUUCUGUUACAUCCUGCCGUGUAAUCAGCACGUCUAGCAGACCUCCUGUUACUGUAUCCUUCAGAUGCAGUCUGACCCGAGUGUACUGAUCUCUACAAUACUGCUCUAUUAGUGACAGCUAGAUUGCAAUUACUUUUGGCUAUUACAGGUGCCCUUGAACACACAGAUCUGCUAACAUAACGAGCAGUAUUAUUUAUGACCUAUUCCUCUACCUCAUGCACUCGCAUACUGCUUAACCAGCGACAGCUAGAUUAUGUUUACCUUUGAUAAACACAGGUACAUUAGCCAAUAUAGAGAGCGCUAUUACUAUUCCCCUUACCUCAUGCACUUUGGUAUGAUGAUAGUGAUCAGGGCUUCCGAUUAGAGAUAGCUAGUACUAGUCCCACAGACUCUAGUAUAGGUGCCCAUGAAGGCACAGAUUAGACAUAAAGUUUGACAGUUUAUCAUUCCUAUCACCAUUACCUUUGCUAAUGACAUCCUGGAAGCUGAUAUACCGAGACUGAGCAUGGUUUAGCCGAGGGUUCCCCCUGGCACAGCAUUGCAACUAGGAUAUUAUGUUGUAUCUUAUCGGUAUUAGUGACAUGGUAUACUUUAUCCCUCCCAGGACACGUAUUAACCAUAGUGUUGCCACUCAGCUCUGGUUGCUACUAGCAUAUGUAUAUAUAUAUUUUCCUUUGCUUUUCUAGCACUGUAUAUAUUGUUAAUAGAUCACUUAGUAUCAUUGUGUUCAAUUAUUAUAUUAUUUCCUGUGUGGUUAUAUUCUCCUGCCACCUUGUGGUUAUAUUAUAACCCUUUUAUUAAUUGCUAUAUUAAAAACUACGUUUUAUUAUCUUACGACUUCUGUUUGGGCUAAAGACUUGUUUCUCCCCUCCAAUGUUUAUUCACUACUUGGGUUCAUGCCCUUCCCCCCUUAGCCCAGAUAUCCUUUUAUUAUUCUCCCACCCCUUUUUCCAUGUUUUGUUAGAGUUAACUGUUUGUUUUGUUUGCCUAAAUGGGAUUGUGUAAGCCAGUAUGUAAUGUAUUUUUAUUUUUUAGGACACCUAACAUUGACAGAUUAGCAUCUGAAGGGGUGAAGCUAACGCACCAUUUAUCAGCAGCUGCACUGUGUACCCCAAGUAGAGCAGCUUUUAUGACUGGGAGAUAUCCAGUUCGAUCAGGUACAAUUUCUAAUGCUCAAGAAUAUCCCUAUAUAUUUUUAGUUUUUUUACAGCCUGGAAUAUGCAAAUUAGAGAAAAUUAUAAUGUGUGACAUAUUAGUCAAUUGCUAAAUUAACUGUAGUGAACUUUGUCAUAGUGUUUGUGCUAUGUACUAAAAUUUGACACAGCGAGCACCGAAACAAUGUUUAUAUAAUUCUCUAUUUUGAACACAGAGGCUUGUUUUGGUUAAUGGCUUACAAAGGUUAUGUAACAGUCUUGGAUUUUUGCAAAUGUUACAGGUCAAAGUGCAUCGGUCCUGCAAAAAUAAUAUAGCAUAAGAGAAUAUAUGGUUACUGGCUUGCGUUACUUGGGGAGCACAAAUCAAUAGAGUUAUGGUGGGAAAAAAAAGUGAUUGAAAAUCCCUUAUAACUCACCUCAUGCUGAUGAGUUGCAUUGACAGCGAAACGGCUGACCAUGUGUGUUUAUCUGGCUUUGAACCUCUUCGUGAGUGUUUAAAUGUGUUGUAUACAGCAAACAUACACUCCAAGGAAUCUAUGCACAAAGUGGAAUAAUGGGGCAAAAAGGUUAUUUUUUAUUAAACUUCUUUGCAUAUGCCCACCCAGAAACCCUUGCAGUAGUAACAGCACUGCAAAUGUGAGAUUUCUGAUGGCUUGAUUGGUGUAUGCAGAUCUAUACUCACACUCCCACUGAUGUUCCCUUUUUUUAUUGAAUUUUCAGCCUCUACAACUAUUAUUAUUUCUAUUAUAAAGCGCCAACAAGUUCCGUAGCGCUGUACAAUGUGUGGACUAACAGACCCGUAUUUGUAACCAGACAAGUUUGACUCACAGGAACAGAGAGAUUGAGGGCCCUGCUCAAUGAGCUUACAGAGGGAGUCGGGUAUAGUGACACAAAAAGGUAAAGGUAGAAAAGGAGUGGCUAGGAUAGGAUUCAUUGAGGGCUUAGUGUUUUGUUUUGUAGACAGUUUCAGGAGAGGAAUCAAGGUGCGGGGAGGGAAAGCUGUUCACAGUUUAAUUGAUAUGCUUUCCUAAAGAAGUACAUUUUCGUCUGAGAAAAGACAGUCAUUGCGAAAUAUAUGCUUAUUGUUAACGGCAUCCACUACUUUAGCAACACAGAUACAAGCUAUUUCCUUUUGAUGAACUAAUUAAAGGGACACUUUAAGCACCUAUACAAUCAUAAUUCAAUUAAGCAGUUUUCGUUGUUUUGAUCAUGCCCCUGCAGUCUCACUAUUCAUUUCUCUGCCAUUUGGGAGUUAAACCACUUUUGUGUCUAUUUACGCAGGCCUAACAACACCUCCCUUAGCUGUGAUUCACAUAGCCUAUAUGAAAAACAUAGUUUCGUUUGCCAUCAGAUCUUUCAGCACAGUGUUUUUACUUUAGACGUUCUUGACACCUGAUUACAAAUGGAUCCCGAACGCUAUGAUGUUCUCCUACCUAUAUAGAUUGACCCCCCAGGUAAGAUUUAAUUACCUUACACCUCAUGCCAUUCUGGUCUCCGUGCUGAAGCUUUGCCUUCUCAGCUGAGAUAAUCAAGAGUGAUGAUCUCCGCCAAUCCAAUAUUUGUUCAAAACCAGUUACUUAGAAUUACCUAAUAAAUGGAUUACUAUGUUGACCCUUCCUCUGCUCUAGUUCACACCAUGCACAGAAUGUGUCUUACUUGUUUCACCAUUUCACCAUAGUCAUUGAGGUGGGCUCAUUUAAGGUUUUUAAUUUUGUGAACGUGGUGUGUACUAUAUGGUAUUGCAUAAUGAGAAAUUGUGCUAAUGUGUAUUGCACGUGUACUGGUAGUUGAUUACUUUGCAUAUUCAGUACUAAGAUAUAAUCUGGAAGAUGGCAUUAAAGGGGUACUAACCCUUUCUGUGCUGGUCUCUGAUUUUGUAUAAUCCCCUUUUUAUUUACUUAUUUUUGUUUUUAUGGUUUUUCCCCUUUGUAUUGUGUUUAUAUUUGUUCAACGUUUAUAUUGAAUGUUUGACACUGAAUCACAAUUGACAUUUCAAGAACAUGUGUAAGAGGUAUUUCAAUGAAUUAGACUGAAAUAAAAAGUUUUAAAUUUAGAGUCACAUGAACUAAUUUGCCCUUUUUAAAUUUAGGAAUGACGGGUCACGGUGGCUAUGCAGUGCUAUUAUUUAGUGCUGCAGCUGGAGGACUCCCACCAAAUGAAACCACGUUUCCUAAAAUUGUGAGGGAGCAAGGUUAUACCACAGGACUCAUUGGUGAGUUUGUUUGCUUUUUUCAGUAUUUUUUAAUCGUUAUAAACUUAACAUGGUAUUUAUUUAUUUAUGUAUUUAGCAUUGCUUUAUUUUCCUGAUAAUAAAUAUUUAUUGCUUCUUUGACUAAUUAUUGCAAAGAAAAAUAAACAGCUUUCCAUUAUAUUGGACUAUAUCAGCAUCCUAUCACUAGCAUUGCCAAGUUCAUUGUUUUGUUUUCGGACUGGCUAAUAUUAAUUCUGUGCAUAUUUGGAGUCUGUUACCAGCAUGCUAUAUGUGCCAAUGACAGACAACCACUGGUGGGAAGCCCCCUGCAUGGUACUCAAGUCCUUCUCUCAGACAAUCCUGUAUAAAGUCCAAGGCACUGGAUCAAAAAUACGUUUUUGCUUUAUUCAGACAUUGCUUCCCCCUGGCUCUGCAGUCAAGAUUAAGUAGCAACAUAAUGGAAAGAAGAAGAAAGAGUAGAAGAUAAAUAUGGGGAGGGUAAAAAAAAUAAAUAAAUAUUUUUAAAACCCUCUUCCACCAAACCACUCUCUAUACCCAUAUCAAAUCCUCUCUAUUUUGCCCCCCUACCCUCAUAUCCCUGCCAAAAUCCAUCAAUUAAAUUUAAGAUUACUUUGUUCAUUUGCCAAAUCAAAAGGAGGCUAAUCAACUCUAUUGUGAACACGAGAAAAUAUAUCUUUAUUAAUUUAUAAAUAUUUGCUAUUUGGCCAUUCUUUCAUCCAUGCAACUAUCAGUUUUUAAAAAACAAGACAGAAUCUGUGUUAAUUUAAAUUAAUUUAAAGCAGGGUAGCCAAAAGGGAGAUUCCUAUAUGUUGUAGAACUACAAUUCGCAAGAUGAUUUGAAAGCCUAUAGAAUGACAAAGUGUCACGGAAGCGGUAGUUUUAAAACCUCUGGUGAUCUACCUUUUGUGCAUCCCUGAUUUAAAGUAAAGUUGACUGAUGGUCCAAGCUAGCUUCAAUCUAAAAAUGUAAUUCACAAAUGUCACACUGUUAUUGAAAAGUAACCUUGUUUUCUGUUUGUAUUAUUUUAACAGGAAAAUGGCACCUUGGUAUUAACUGUGAAUCCAGGAAUGACUUUUGUCAUCACCCUUUAAACCAUGGCUUUGACUAUUACUAUGGAUUACCUCUGACCUUAGUGAAUGAUUGCCAAGAAUCUAAACCAACUGAAAUACAAAUGUCGUUUAAAAAAGAUCUGUGGUUUUAUGCACAGUUAUUUUAUGUUGCACUGGCCACUAUAGUAGCUUGUAGGCUUUUGAAUAUACUUCCAGUUCCCUGGAUAAUCAUAAUAUUAUUUGCCAUUUGCGGAAAUGCCUUUUUUAUGUAUUGGUUCACAGCUCAUUAUUUCUAUCAACGAUGGAACUGCAUAAUAAUGAGGAACUAUGAAGUUAUUGAACAACCAAUGAACCUGGAAAAAAAUGCUUUUAGUGUAGUAAAAGAGGCAAAGGCAUUCAUUCGAAGGUAAGACGAGAUCUUUACGUCCAUGUAUUCACUAAACUAUGAGUUGUCUGAAAUUAACCAAGGAGUGUCCACCAACAUAACCAUAAAAUCCAACAUUAUCAACAUUAUGUAUAGCUUCAUGACAGGUUCUCUCUCCGAUUCCAUCUGUUCAGAACCAAGGCUUGUUUGGCCUUGAACUAUAUGGUUCAUCAUAAUUAAACACUUUCUUAUUAAGUGCUUUCAUACAUACUAUACAUUGUUUUUUUUAAGUACAGAUAGUAUUUUCUUGUGAUACUCCAUAUGUAUACUUAUUACAAGAAUAAUUACGAAAAUAUAAAAAUAUUACACAAAUAGACAAAAUUAAAAAACAAACCAUAUUUUUUUUCGCAACUCGUGGUAACUUAAGAAAAAUAACUCAAAGUAGAAUCACUUAUUAGUCCUAAGUGUUAAAAGGCCCAAUGUGUCUGGGAUUUCAAACUUUUGCCAAAUCGGUCGUGCUAAAAACAUAACUUUAAUAGCAGUCACAAAACUCAUAAACUUGCCCCUUAUUUUUUCCUGGACAGAGGUGCCUUGUAGUGUACCAGAAGGAGCAUCGGGUUGAUUUAUUUUAACUUUGAUUUUAAGCACUCACUAUGAGUAGAACAUAUUGUCACUGUAUUUUGUGUCUUCGGGCUUUAAGCUAAGGCGCUAUGUGUAAGCCCACCAUUUUGGUAUGCUGAACUACAUCCACAGACCCCCUUACCUAUUUGGUUAGUGUAGAUUUAGGAUAUCUUCCCUCCUCUUCACAAGAUAAUAGUUACUUUAUGUGAAUUUUCCUGGGAUUUGGGCUAUAUACUUGCAUAUACUUUUCACAAGACAUGCAUGGUGUGGGAAAUGAGGGGGUGCAAUCCCUCUCAUUUUUUAAACAUUUUUUUUUUUGUUACUUAAGCAGUCGGUAGAAUAUUUGAUUUCACACUUCUUAAAGGAACAUUAUAGUAUUGGGAAAAUGAAUGUGUUUAUUUUAAAGACUGCAAUAAAAACAUUGCUAAUAUGCAGAAUUAAAUAUUUGAAUAUGACAUCAACACCACAUUAUUAAACCGCAAACUUGGCUAGAAAAUUCAUUGCAAUUAGUCCCAAGUUGAACCUUUGAUAGCGGAACUUAUUUUUCUGAUCUCAAAUACAGGAGAUAUCAAUAUAUAUUCUAUGUACGUUUUGUGUAUUUAUUUUUCCUACAUUUUAACACAAUUCGAGAAAAUCAUAUCUUAAGAAUUUCAUUAUUUUUUUAGGAACCGAGAUGGGCCUUUUCUUCUCGUUGUCUCUUUUCUUCAUGUACACACUCCUUUAUUUACCACUAAAGAAUUCAGAGGAAAGAGCAAGCAUAAAUUAUAUGGAGACAAUAUUGAAGAGAUGGAUUGGAUGCUUGGUAAGCCCACACUUACAAAAAAUAGAUGUUUACAUAUUAAAAUACUACAAUAAAGAUGAAUAAAUGUGAUAUGCAUUAAACCAUUGAAAACCAAGCGAACCCGGCAGAUGUUUUUUUUAUUGUAAGUGGAAAAUAUAAAAAGUAUGUUUUAUAUACUAACAUAUGAUAUCUUAAUAAAUUAUAUAAAUCUUUUAUGUGUUCACAUGAACAAAGUAUUUGAGAGAUAUAGCUAAGAUAGGUUUAUUCUCUUACUUUCUUUCAUGAGUUAAUUGCUGAAUUUGUAUUGUUUUGAACUAGUCAGAGGAAGAAUCCUGUAUGUCUUGUGCUUACAUGUACAAAAAAAAACAUCUUCUUGUUUGUUAUAAAAUGCAGACGUCCAACAGAAAAACCAGUGAAAAUAUACAAGUUCCAUACAUUUCAAAUUGUAGAUUUUGAAAUAGUUACCUUCUAUUCAAGCAUUAGGGUCUCUUUAAAGCAGCACGUUCAGUUAUGAGUUUUUCCUAGAAUCUAGAAAAAUAAUGCUUAUAAAGAAUAAAAUACUGUUUUGGAAUUUUAUUGAAAUAUAUUAUAUGACAAAGUAGGGAUUACUUACUAAUUUAUGGCAAUGGGCAGAGAUUCUGCAACCACAUCUUGCCAUUUCCAGUUUGUCAUUGCAAGUGACUACUGACGUGAACAGACAAAGUGCCUAUUACUGCACAAAUGCCAUCGAUGGAAUAUUUCAUUGUCUCUUUGGAUCUUUUAAAAUCUUAUAUCCUCAUAGAUGAAACUGACAGAAGAUAGAUUAUCAGGGCCUGAGUAGGUAUAUCUUCCUUUAAAACAGAGAAGUAGGUGUAGCAUCUGGAAUGUUCUUAAGUAUUUAUGUAAUGACAAAAAAAAUAUAUAAGAACUGAUAGUGUAUUAUGUUUUUUGUGAUGGUAAGUAAUAACAGGAAAUUAGAUGUACAAUUACACUUUUUAGGAGCUGUAAUCCAGCUCCAACAUAAUCCCCUCCUGAGGAUAUAGUGUAGUUCUUGCUUUGUAGGUGGUUAAUCCUUGUGAGGUAUGGUGGAGAAUCUCGUAGACAUAAAAGAAGAACAGAAUAAAAUAAUGUAGUGCAGUAAAAUUCCAAAAUUAGGUACGUUUAUAGAUGUAGACUCAGGGCCAUCUUUCCGCAUGGGCAUGAGGGGGAGAUGCCUGGGGGGCCCACAAGCAUAGGAGCCCCACUGCAAUGCCCAUGGGCUGAAAUUGACAAUGGAAAUCAUUUGAUCUCCAAUGCAAGCCCAUGCAGCGGCUGUUUCGCAAUCUGCCUUCUCAGGCCAGUGAAGAGCUCAAAUAUCUCCCUGACUGGUCUCCUGGCAGUUCCUUCCAGGAGAGAGGAGUGCAGGAAGGCCCAGGAGACUGUGUUCUUCCCGCAAGCAGGCUGGUGUAAGCAUAGGCGUGCGCAGCCUAUUGCAUUAGGGUGUGCACCCUAAAGCACAAACACACAUGCGCGUGUAUAUGUGUAUAUACAUAUAUAUAUAUAUAAAUAUACACAAAUACACUCUUUCAUACAUACACAGACUCAUAUAAAUAUAUUAUAAAUCCAUUAUCCGGUUUGCUGCCUGCACAAAUCAUUCAGUUGGGGUCCUGGGGAGCCUGUGCCUGUCUGCUCUGCGGACUCUCCUUAUCUGCAGCUGCCCCUUUACUUGCUGAAGCAUGCAUUAGCUGCCGCUCAGCAGACCCUGUUGACGACAGGGUUCAGGUCACAAGGUUUGCAGAGAGUGGGGGUGGACAGCCAAUGGAAGGGAAGGUGAACAGAGUGUCUUAAAGGUACAGUGACACUCGCACCUUCCCAUUGUGAGUUGCCGGCCCCGUGGCCCCCGCAUAAUGGCGGCCAAACAUUUUUUUAAAUAGCAUAGCAGCAGUACAGCGCGGGGCCUCAAUUUAGAGGCUUGAUUAUGGUGGGGUGACCACAUUUAAAAAAUGCCAUUAAGGGACACUUCCUUGCCACUCCCUGACCCCCUCUUUAAAACCAGACACAGCAGGGUAGGGUGGGUUUCAGCAUCCAUUCCCCCCAUAUUUCAUGUAUACCCCCCAUAUUUCAUAUCCAACCCAUAUUUCAUAUCUAUUCCCCACCCCAUUUCAUGUCUAUUCCUCCAUUUCAUGUCCACCCCCCACUACUGACUCACUGAGAGGAAGGGUGCUGAAAUCUUUAUCAUGGAAUCACUAGUAGUAAUAGUAAGUCCAUGAUAAAGAUUUCACCCCCCUCCCUUAUUCCAUGCACUUACCUGGUCCUGGGAGCUCCUCUCUCUUUCCUCCCGUGCGGCCGUCUGCAAAGAGCGCUGGGAGGAAGUGAUGUCAUCGGGUGUCACCUCACUUCCUCGCAGCGUUGGGAAGGGAGGGUUGCCGUCCACACAUCUCCACCGGCGGACAGCAAAUGGUGGCCUGCAGCGCUGGCUUAGUGGGGAAGCCAGCAGGCCCCCUCUUCACUAAUAUGGGGUCCAGCUCAUUCCAGGACAUUACAUUGUCCAGGAAUGAAGGUGCCGGAGACCCAGGGACAGACCUACAAAAUGUGGGACUGUCCCGGAUGAUCUGGGACAUGUGGGCACCCUUGAUUAGUUCUGACACGGCACUCGGUUCGUGAGAGGACAAGAGAGGAGUCCAUCUGCAGCCAGAGGAGCUGCAGGCUGAAGUUCACGCACCACUACUGGACCACCAAGGCUUUUAUCACCCCCCCCAAAGACACAAUAUAGACACUUUUUAUCCAUCACACACACACUGUACCCCUCUCUCACACACAGACAUACACUGCACCCCUCACUCAUCCCACACACUGCACUGAUAAUUGCAGUCUGUGUGUGUAUUCAGCAGUCAGUCCGUGUGUAUUUUCAGCAGUCUGUCUGUGUAUUAGCCGGGGGCCUAUAAUGCACUGCUUUAGUGGGAGACCUAUAAUGCUGUUAAGACGGCCCUGUGUACACUCACAUGUUUUGGAGCCUAGCAAUGGCUCCUAGGAUAUAACAUGGAGUGCUAUGAUCCCCACUCUUAGGAUGUGUAGGUAGUGGACAUGCACUCUGUAUACAAAAAGAGAAUAAACAAUAUAGUGCAAUAAAAUAGGAGUGUAAAACCAAAUAAAAAUGUAUUUACAUGGAAAAAAGCAAUAUACGGUUUACUAAGUCCUAGGUGUGUAGGUGGUAUUUAUCUCCACCAAUGACAUUAAGAUCAGGAGGCAAGCAGGAGAGUGGUAAGGUAAUAAAAAGAAUAAAAAAGUACUUUAUUGGAAAUAAAACUGUAGUAAAAAAACAUAGAAUAAAAAGAAAUAAAACCAAUGCCUGCAAUACACAAAGGUGUUUCACUGUAUAAUAGGCUUUUUCAAACUUUUCUAACUUUCCACUCUCCCUCUGAGCAUCAACAUGUAAAGGAACAUGACAUCUUGAUGGGGGUUGCAAAAUACCAGGCCCACUUUAAAUUACAAAUUGGACAAACGUGCAAUAUGUUUUAUGUGUUAUUUGUGGGUAUUUUGUUUUGGUUUUUUUUGUUUGUUUUUUUACAUUCAUACUUUCAAAUUAUGUUGACAUGAUUUCUAGGCCAACUUACUGUAUGCAACUCCUCCUUCAAUAUUUUUUUGCAAUUACUUUAGGAGAAAUAAUUAAUGUUAUUGAUCAGGAAGGCUUGGUGAACAAUACAGUAACUUAUUUUACUUCUGAUCACGGAGCAUAUUUGGAAGGCAUGGAAACUAGUUAUGAUCUUACAGGAUAUAAUGGAAUUUAUAGAGGUAAGUACUUGAUACAUAUAUACUUACAAGUCAUAUUGUUGUUUGCUAUGUUGUUUAUGUUCCUAUACUUAUGCAGUAAGUAUGAUGGCAAAGCAUAAUAUAACUUAGACAUUAAUAAAUUGUAUACUUCUCAGUGUGAAGGUGGACUGAAAAAGGGUAGGGAAGGGCAUAGCUAAAUUUAGGGCAUGUCAGAGAUGAAAAUUAGAAGGGAAAUGGAAACUGCAACUGCAUGCUUUCCAGUCAACUGGGAUUAACUCUUUAAAAACAAAUUUAAAAUAUAACGGUUGUGCCAGUGAUGAACAUAGACAGCUACAACCAAAAAAGGGGAGUGUCAACAUAGUGCACUUACAUUUGAACUUGAUAGUGCUGCAAGAUCCACACCAGAGCUGCCUAUGUGCAGGACACAUUUUUGCCUGGGCUGAAAUCUCCUGUAAUGAUCUAACCCAGAUCAAGACUAUUGUGGAAAAACCGGGAUACUAGAAAAGGAUUCUAGAACCUGUGUCAAGAAGCAUCUCAAGUACUUUGCAGUAUUGGCACACAACCAAACUUGCAGUCUUUCUAAUGAGUGGACUGAUGCCUCUAAUGCUUAGUACAAACAAAGCAGGCCUUCCUUUUGAUGCUACAAUACAAUAGUCUUCCCCACACAUCACAGAUAUAAGAAGCAAAUAGCAAAGAUAAGGACCCAAAAAGUGCAUGGACCACAGCAUUGCCAACACCUAAUUCAACCCAGCAAAAUGAGCAAAUCUUCCAGCACAAAACUUCUACAAAACAGGUGUUCCUGCUGAAGUGCCAAAUCAAAUGGGUAACGUUUUGGCCCCUAAGAGCCAAAGAGUAGUUUGAUAACGCUACAAAACGUCAACCAUUUGACUUGGUACUUCCCUGUUUUGUAUAGGGAAGUUGGAAGAUUUUACUAUUUUCACAGAUAUAUAAAUAGCAACAUGCAGGCAGCGUCAGAUCUACUGGCCAAGCAAUCCAUUAAAAGGUCACUCAAAACCCCUAAAACUAGUUUAGUUUCCUGAAAUGCUGUAGGGAUUAACUGCAUGCCCUCUUGUUAAGAAUGUUGAAUGAAUUUAUAAUGUGGGUGUCUUCCUAUAAAGUGGGGUUUACUAACUUAUUGGUAAAUAUUGUUAAUUUCAGCACUUUAUUUCAGCAACUGUAUUACUCGAAAUUACUUUUAUCAUUAUAUAUAUCUUUACUGAUUGAUUUUUUCCCUGCAGUUUUGACCUGUAUUAUAUUUUCACCAUGGUAACAUAAUACACAAAAAAACAAGAGUAUGUGUGGUAGGCACAAAGCUAUCUAGGAGAAAUCAUUAAUAAGAAUAUUUCCAAAUAGGUAAAUUGAUUCUAGCAUUUUACAGUCUUUCCGUAUAUUAAUAUUGGCCUUUACAUUAUAGGUGGGAAAGGCAUGGGAGGCCUAGAAGGUGGUAUAAGGGUUCCAGGAAUAUUUCGAUGGCCAGGAGUUUUGCCAGCCAAGACUAUGGUAGAUCAACCUACAAGUCUCAUGGAUGUAUUUACCACGGUCAUCACACUCACCGGAGGCAAGGUGCCACAAGACAGGUAAACUUGGACUUAUGUUUAUUACAGCUUCUAUGAAUACUGUGGAUUAUAUUAUUUAUCAUAUUGUUAUUGUAGACCAGGUCAAACAUCCUUGAAUAGUGCAUUAUUUACACUUUUAUUACAAUAAUCAGUUUUAAACCUAUAUUUCAACUCUAUAUACUGUGUCUAAAAUUUGAGAAUACAUUUUUUAUGUAAUCCUGUUUAACAACCUUUUUUUUUCAAGUAUUGUAUUGUCUACAAUUUCAAAAUGUUAAUGUAAUUUGAUUUAAAGGUACACUAUAGACACCAGCACAACUACAGCUUAUUGAAUUUGUUCUGGUGAGUGGAAUCAUUACCUUCAGGCUUUUUGCUGUAAACAUUGUCUUUUCAAAGAAAAUGCAGUGUUUACAUUACAGCCCAGUGAUAACAUCACUGGCCACUCCUCAGAUGGCUGUUAGAGAUCCUUCCUGGGUCGUGGCUGCCUAAAAUGCAUCCAAACAUUCAGUGUCUCCUCCCUCUGCAUGCAGACACUGAACUUUCCUCAAAAAGAUUAAUUGAUUCAAUUAAUCUAUAUGAGGAGAUGCUGAUAGGCCAGGGCUGUGUUUGAAUUGUGCUGGAUCUGCCCCUGAUCUGCCUCCUUGCCAGUCUCAGCCAAUCCUAUGGAGAAGCACUGUGAUUGGAUCAGGCCACCAGUUCUGAUGAUGUCAACAGACAGCUUGUUUUUCUGAGGCAAACAGCAUGCAGAGCUACAGCUUCAGGCUUGAAUACAAGUAAUAUUUUGAUAUAUUUAGGGAGGCAUGAGGGGCCAGGGGAGCUAGAUGGUGGUUUUAACAAUAUAGGAUCAGGAAUACAUGUUUGUGUUCCUGACCCUAUAGUGUCCCUUUAAUAUAAACAACUAAGAACUAAACAAGUUUAUAGGCAAGCAAGUUAGUCUCUUUCAUACAGGUAUAAAAUACCUGAUCUGCAGAAUAAAGCAAAAUAUGAUUAUCUUGGUGUUAACCACUGUGAAUGAGAUCUAAAAAAAACCCAAAAUUGCAAAUUAUACUUAAUAUUUAUGUAGUUUUGCAGCAGUAUUGCAUUUUAAAACCACUUAAUAUAGGGGGGUGUGUCCUAACGGCGGACGAGAACGGACGCGUGAGUGCUGAGCUCCUCCAACACACGGUGUUCUCAGCUAAAUUCCAGCAUACCUCCGAUUGCAAUCUGAACACAGACUGCACCUAUCACUUGUACUGCCCCACGGAAGCAAAUGACUACAAAAUCCUGCAAUAAAAUGAAGCAAAAAACGCUUCAAAUGCACCUUACCUCUGCUACCACACAGGAACUGAAAGGACAAGAUGGCGCCGACGGCCCGGGCUCGCCAGCCUCAGUCCCAGAAGUAAGUGACACUGCUCACAGCAUGGCUGACUUAACGAACCCAGUCUCAACAGCCACCCUCAAAACGUUACUUGCGGACCUGAAAUCCACCUUUCAUACAGAUCUGCUGCAAGUGGUUUCAGACAUACGGUCAGAUAUCCAGCAUGUGGGAGAAAGAACAGCCAAAUAGGAAGAAAGGGCAGAUGAAAUAGUAGAUGCCAAUAACACUCGAGCAGAGGUCUAUUCAGAGCUAGAAAGUAAGUUCAAGAGCUUGGAAGACAAAAUAGCCGACCAUGAAAACAGGGAUAGGCGUAAUAAUAUUAGACUGAGGGGCAUACCAGAAUCUGUUACACCUCAGGGGCUACAAUCCUAUGUGCAGGAAAUAUUUAAAGCUUAUGUGUCAGAAAUGGAGCUCCUCCUGGACAGGACCCACGGGCUCCCCAAACCAAAACACCUGGGCCCACAAACCCCUAGAGAUGUCAUUACCAAGCUACACUAUUUCACCGCCAAAGACAAAAUCAUGCAAGCAGCAAGAAAAAAUUCCCCCCUAUCUGGGCGUUUUGAGCACAUACAGCUAUUUACAGAUCUAUCUGCAUCCACUAUGAUGAAGAGAAAGCCUUUGUCCCCAUCACAGCAGCACUACGAGAGGCAAAUAUCCCGUACAAGUAGGGUUUACCAACCAGACUCUUGGUCAAAAGGAAUGGGACCCACUCCAGCAUCUUAUCCCCAGAGGACGGAAAGAAGGUCCAAGACUGGGACAUUCCAUUCACUAAGGCGGUAUCUUCCAUGCCCCAAACCAGAGCAUCACCAGUGAAACUAAAUAGAGACUGGUCAAAAGCGAUCCAUGUCCGCUCACACAAAUCUCCUUGAAAUCUGCGGAGGGGUAAUAUGUACACAAAUGUGAAAUAUCUGAUAUGUGUUUUACAAACUAAUUUGUCUCAUGUUAGAAAGAUACAUUUAAAUCUUGAAUGUAUUGUCUAGAUACUAGAGUAUACAACACCGUGUGGAGUAACUAACCCCAUACGGACCUACCACUGUAACAUAGACCCAGUGAAUUUGUCGCUGGUCACUCACCCCCAAGGUGGCUUAAAAUAUGGGCCGCAAUUCUAACACUUGUUCGAUCAACGGUUUUAUGUACAUAGUUCGCAUGAUUUCCUUUUUGUGUUCAUCUUCUCUCUCUUUUUCUUUUUCGUUUUUUGAUUGUUACAUGUAUGAUGUGCCUACAAGGUUUACACUAGCACUGCCAGAGACACAUGGGUCAAUUUCUUACUCCGCCUAUCACUAUACCCUCAGUAGCAGACCCAGAGAAGGAUUGGUGAAACAGGGCUUAGACCGGGCUGGAAAGCACUACUGCUGGCCUAUAGGCAGUCUUAAUGUACUCCCAGAAUAUAGCUCGAUCCCAUUAGACACCAGUGCAGAGGGCUUAAUAGAUUUAUCCCUCCUACGACACGAAUCCAACACCUACAACCAUGGUGCUUAAUAUUUGUUCUUUAAAUGCCAAAGGGCUCAAUUCUCCACACAAAAGACGCUUGACGCUGAAGGAGGCCAAGUCCCUAGAUGCACCUGUGGCGUUCUUUCAAGAAACACUUUUCAAAUGGGGACAUCACCCAAAAUUUAAUUCCAUAGUGUACCCAAUAGACUUUCAUGCUUGCUACGCGAAAAAAAAGAGAGGGGUGUCCAUCUUAAUAAGCAAAGAUGUGGCUUUCUCACUAGUCCGCAAAAUUGGGGACAAGAAAGGUAGAUAUGUGGUGCUGCAAUGCUAUGUCAACAACAAUCCGUAUAGGUUUAUGAAUGUGUAUAGCCCUAACGAUCAGCAAAUGGAGUUUCUAGAAUUAAUUUUAAUGCUGUGCACGAAACAUGCAUUUGUAGAUGUGAUAGUAGGAGGAGACACAAAUUUUUUGCUAGAUAACUAUUUGGAUUCCUCACACCAGAAAUCCUUACAAAAACAGACUAUAAAAACUAGAGGGAAACUAAUUACCUGCAUUAGACACACUCUCACAGUACACUCCUAUGUAGACCCAUGGCAGAUACAACACCCCAGCAAAAGAGACUUCACAUGCCACUUUGCAGGGCACAAUUGCUAUUCCUGAAUAGAUAGGUUUUUGAUCCCAUCUGCGAUUCUUCCCAAAAUAGAGAAAACCCACAUAGGGCUUAUCACAUGGUCGGACCAUGCUCCUAUUUUCAUGUCCCUAAAAGAGCAAUUCCCAACUAAAGGUCGAGGCAGCUGGCGACUAAAUGACUAUUACUAACUGACCCAACAGUGGUGGCACAGAUUAAACAAGACCUCCAGAACAACUUCCUUGACAAUACAGAACCAAGUUCCACUCCAGACCAAAUUUGAUUAGCACACAAGGCAGUUAUUAGAGGUUGUUUCAUUAAACAUGCCAGUUAUGCCAAAAAGAAACGCCUCGAAAAUUACAUUAACAUACUGCGGGAACUUACUGACGUCACACAUUCAAAUAAAUUAACUCCGACCCCGUCCCAACAUGCCACUAUCUUGCGCCUGCAAGGUCAAUUACGCGACCUUGAAUUAACUAAAUCGACAUUAAUGCUACGACGAAUGAAACAUAGUUUCUUCGCCUCAGGCAACAAGGCAGGAGCCAAAUUGGCCUCCCAGCUCCGGAAACGGUCCAGAUCCGCAAAAUUAUCUCACCGGGUGAGCGCCAAAGAGGAAAAAAUACUAGAUCCACAACACCUAGCGAACACAUUCGCUGACUAUUACAGUAAACUCUACAACCUCAACAAUGAUCCACAACCCCUUCAAUUGCUGAAAUAGAUGAGUUCCUAUCCAACCUCCAGCUCCCCAAUAUGAGUGAGGAGGACGCAGAAUCUCUCCUCCCUCAUUUCAGCCUAGAGGAAGUUUCCUCAUUACUUGACUCUCUCCCAGCUCUUAAAGCACCUGGCCCAGACGGACUACCUAACUCCUACUACCACACAUACCGAUCGACUCUAGACCCUCAUUUACUGAAUCUCUUUAACCACAGCAUGAAGGAACGCUACCAGACGAACUGCUACUAGCCCACAUCUCGACAUUACCUAAGCCAGGGAAAUCAGCCACGAAAUGUAAAAAUUUUAGACCCAUUUCCCUACUCAACUGCAACGCAAAAAUAUACGCUAAACUACUCAGCAACAGACGAGCCCGGCUUUUGCCCAAACUAAUAAACAAUGACCAAACUGGCUUUAUCAAAGGCAGGCAAGGAUCAGACAACUCCAGAAAGGUGGUGAACAUCAUAGCAGAGCUGGAGAGAAACAAGGGACAAUGCCUUUUCUUGGCGCUGGACGCAGAAAAGGCCUUUGACAGACUCAACUAUAUGCAAAGAGUCCUAUACAAAUUUGGCUUCCCGCAACCCAUCAUAAACAGGAUCAUGGCGUUGUACACCACCCCAGCUGCCAAGGUGUCCCUUAAAUUUUCUCUCCUCGACAUUUCCCAUCACCAACGGGACCAGGCAAGGUUGCCCAUUCUCCCCCCUGUUGUAUAUCCUCUCUCUAGAACCCCUAGCUCAGACAAUAAAAGAUCACAAACACAUGCAAGGCAUACGCAUAAAGGGAAAAGACAACCGCCUUACCCUUUUCGCUGAUGACAUCAUAAUAUCCAUCUCUGACCCACGACAAGCGUUCCCCCAUAUCCUUGCUCUGCUGAAAAAAUCCGGGGACUUAUCACAUUACAAACUUAGCCAAGAUAAAACACAGGCGUUACCUAUUGGAUUACCUAGAGACAUAAUAGGGAACCUGAAAACUUCCUACCGUUUGAUUGGAGAGACUCCACUCUAACAUACUUAGGAGUCAAAAUAACACUCACAAUAGCAGGCAUCAUAAAACACAACUACACACCACUCUUACGUAUGUGCACAAAAGAACUAGCAAGAUGGAAAACGUCCCACCUAACAUGGCUAGGUAAAAUUAACACGUUUAAAAUGAUGACCCUCCCAAAACUCCUAUAUGUGUUCCGCAUGCUACCACUCCCGAUACCUUCCACACUUUUUAAGACCCUGCAAUCCACCUGUAACUCAUUUAUUUGGGGGGGCAAAAGAGCAAGACUCCCACUUACUCUUUUACAAAAAUCACCUACCAGGGGAGGCGUCGGCCUUCCCAACCUGUUGCUCUGGCAACAGGUGUAACGGCACACUCACCCCAUGGCCACACACAAUGGGUAGACAUGGAAAGGGACCAAUUUCAGGACAACUCCUUAACAGACUACCUAUGGACCCCAAAACACCUUAGACAUGUAGAGAAAACACUCCUCCCAACCACCAGGUUGACCAUAAUGAUGUGGGAUGCCUUCAUGGCUCAGAUGGGUUAUGGUCGCAAACUACAUCCCAGAGCCCCCUUGACGGUACUAAGGACCAUAACCCAAUCACUGUCCCUCCAAGACUGGACACACCUAGGCAUAACAAGGCUUGAGCACCUCUUUGAAGACCGAAAUAAAGUAAAAGCAUUCCCGGACUUACAACAAUGAUGGGACUUACAGGUACAAGACACCUUUAAAUACCUGCAAGUGAGAAGUAUAUUGACCUCUCACGCUCUCCCCCCUCUCGAACAUAACAGCACAAGUAACCUGCUAUUGCCUUCCUUAGUUAUGCUUAGAUGUAGGGAAACACUGAACAAACCCAAGGCCCUCUCCCUUUGCUACAGAGCAUGGCUAGAGAUGCAGCCGGAUAGUCAUCUGCUGUGUAAAACCCAGUGGGAGAGAGACCUGGGCACAAACCUUUCUGAGGGGGACUGGCUGAGAGCCUUGAAUGGACUGUCCAAAUGGAAAAAAUGCUACUCACAUAUAGAGGCUCAUAAAAAACUACUUUACCAUUGGUAUCUCACACCAACCAAGCUUCAAAGAAUAUAUCCAUUGGUCUCCCUCCUGUGCUGGAGAUGUGGAACAGAGGAGGGUACAAUGUUACACGUUUGGUGGGCUUGUACAGACAUCAAACCCCUGUGGGACGAUGUACGGGCGCUCCUGUUACAGCUGGGGCUCUCGACCUUCUCUGUUAAUGCUACCAGACACUAAGGUUGAACCGACAUACCAACAACUUAUAGCUCUAACCUCCCUGGCAGCCAGGAAUCUAAUAGCGACCAAUUGGAAAAAUACAACAUGUCCGUCUCUUACACAAUUGAAAGAUAAGGUACACCAAUACUAUAUAUAUGGAAAAAUGUCUCUUAGCUCACCCUCUCAGGCCCUUAAAUUUCAGAAAACGUGGUAUACGGGACCCGGGUGUCGAGGCAAAACACCACAUGAACUACCACACUAGACACAGUUAUUCACCUCUGGACUUUUUUAAGAUCCUAGACUGCAUAACGAUUGGCAUACUUUUUAUGUUUCUUUUAUGUUUCUUUUUCUUUAUGUCUUUGUUUUCAGUUCAUGAUCUUACUAUGAACCAUACAUUAAUGACAUGUACCAGUCACAGGAAUAUGGCGUACAAGAUUUGCGUUGUAUUUAAGACUGUACCCUCAUGUCUGUAUUAGGACCCGUAAACAAGCAAAUGUAUUAAUUGACAGCAAGAUAUGUAUGGUAUUGUCACUUGUUGAAAAAAAACAAUAAAGUACAAAUUUAAAAAAAAACCACUUAAUAUAAUUGAAUUAAUUUUGGUGCAUAAACCCUGUCCCUUUUUUGGACAGGGUAAAAACAUUGAUAUUUCAGAGAAAUUGUAAUGUUUACAUUUGAUUGAAACCACAUCUCUAGUAGCUGACAAAUUGACAGCCACUAAAGGUCUUCACGUUUACGACAUGACAGUUUUAUGACGUCAAACAAUCUUAAUGUUUCUCCAAGAGUAUUAUCUAUUGGACAGUGUGUGGCAAUUGCCAAGCAUGCACUCUAUGUCCCCAAUGCUUCUCUGUGGAAGUGGAGCAGUUACUCCAAGGAGACUGACCCAUCCUUAGAAUAAAGGUGAGUUUUAAGACAGUAAUUGAUUUGGGGAUUGUAAAUUGUUGCCUUUAAGAUACUGACUAGAAUAUAUAUUGUCAACCACACCAAUAAAUCUUAUGCAGACCUGUGCUGGACCUGAUUUUCUUGUUUUACAAGAGGUCACAUAGUCUGUACAAAGUAUGCACCUUGUCACAUGCAAAUAAGAUGUGUAUGUAGUAACAAACAGUUGUAGAGUAUAGAAAUUCUCUGAUGUCUUGACAUACGGGACAGUCUGGGUUUAUUCAGCCAUCCAAAUAAACAGGCAACGUUUCGACACAAUGUCUUUAUCAAGCUAUAAUGACGUGCAUUUUACAAAGGGUUAUAUCAAUGAAUAAUCUACUUGACAAACCAAUCAAAAUAAAGUACAAAUAACAUCUGCAAAGAGUGACUAAUAAUAUAAAGUGUUAACUCUCUCAUUCCUGAUUUUAUAAAGAAUAAUGGUGAAACAAGAAAAAUUGUGUUUUGCAUCUUGAAGGGACAUAUUCCAAAUAACUUUUUUUUUAAUUAAAAAUGAAAGAUCCUAUAAAUAUAUAAAGUAUUUUCUGAAAAUUAAUUCACCUAAACUAUAUUUAUGUAUCUAAACAAUUAUGUAAUAUGAAAGCAAUAACACAAGACAAAACAAGAAUAAAAAUUAAUAAUUGUGGUAUUGCAAACCAUGUCAAACCAUGUCAGGCUCUAAAAUGUUGUAGCAUGAAGUUCCUAAACUGUAUAUUUACCUCUCUGAGCAGCCAGAAAUGCGUUCUUCUGUACCUCCAAUCUCUAACUAGGCAACUGUAUUCAAACAAAAAGUAUGCUUGACUAGAUGAUCUGGGGUCGCAUUGUACCUUUGUUGCACUAUGUAUCUAAUUUAUGAAAUUGUCUUUAAAACUCACCCCUGGCAUCUCUACACUACAGAGAUUGUGGAUUGACAUCUUCAUAGGAAGCCAUUAAUUUUCCAUUGUGUUUGUAGUAGUGUUACUGCAACCUGAUUAUUCACUUGAAAUUGUUGGAGUUGACCACGGAGUUUCAAGUCUCAAGCCAAAAUAGUCAAAUGGGAAAACCUUUUAAAACUCUGCAAAUUUUUUAGUUUGUAUUUGGCCCAAUAUUUGCAAUUGCCAAGACAAUCCCUGGUUUAGUGGAUAACCAUGUGUGUCUUGUAAGAAUAUUACUGUAAUAACUGGUUAUGUGUGAAAUUUUUUUUUUUCUCACUUUUAUGUUUAAUAUAGCUAUAAAACACUAUAAUAGAGAAUGGCAAUGCUACAGAUUGACACUUUUGUUUGAUAGAACAAAGAAACCGCUACACUAGCUUUAGGUGUUAUGCAUAUAAAAAUAGUAAAUAUAAGCAAAAAACAAGAUGUUCACCUUAAAAAGGAGAAACAAGUGAAGGUGGAUUGGCGCUGAACAGUAUAAAAUAGCAACUACCCCCAGUGUCUAAAAAUCACAAAAAGACACUAACAAAUAGUGGAACAACAAUAUAACAGAGUGGGGGGUGCAAUACAAAGAGAAAAAUUGCAUAUACUUAUUAAUUGAAGAUCUUUGAAGUUAAUCUGAAAGAUGCAAUAGUACAUACAUAGUAUAAUACUGUAUAUAACAAUAAAAGUGAUGGCAGAGGUAAUGGGUCACUCACAAUAUAUAGAGCCUAAGACAGCAGGCUCUAGCUUAAUCGCUUGUGGAAAAUAAGCUUUUCUAGAGAUCCAAUUUCCGGAAGUGGGGAUUAAAAAGAACACAGAGAGAAGAUUAAUGUAUACACUUGAAAAAAACGCGUUGUCAAAACGCGUUGUGUUUUAUUUAUGUCAAUAUUUUACUAUUUUUUAUUAUUACUGUUUAUUUUAUUUCGAGUAAACGUUUUUUAAGCUUCAACAUCCUGGUCUGCCAUUCAUCUUUCCUUCAUCUGGAAAUAGACACCAGUAUAUAUAGAAAGAUUGGGGAGACAUCCUGGAAAAGCCUGGAAAAGCUUAUUUUCCACAAGCGAUUAAGCUAGAGCCUGCUGUCUUAGGCUCUAUAUAUUGUGAGUGACCCAUUACCUCUGCCAUCACUUUUAUUGUUAUAUACAGUAUUAUACUAUGUAUGUACUAUUGUAUCUUUCAGAUUAACUUCAAAGAUCUUCAUAUUAAAAUAGUAGUUCAUUGUAUGCAUAUUUAAAGUGUAAUAUCUUAUUCUUUUUCAUCGAUCAGGAUAAUUGAUGGUAAAGAUCUGAUGCCAUUGAUGCAAGGUCUGGGUCCUCACAAACACCAUGAGUUCAUGUUCCACUACUGUAUGGAGCACCUACACGCUGCGCGAUGGCAUGAUCUGAGCAGUAAGUAUGUCAGCUGGCAGAGGAUACAAGGGGACUUGUUACAUUAUUAGAAGCAUUGUUUGUUUGUACUGCUCUCUCUGUGCUGUCUGAAAUAGAACAUUGACUAACACCAAGCCUAGAAGGAAGUGCUCAGGUCCAUGAUCGAGGUAAAUACAGAGAUGUAAAUUUUUACUUUAAUUUCUGGUUUUCUGAUCAUAAACUUAUUUUUUUUAUUUUAUUUUUUAAACGUAGGGGUUAAGAAUACAUGUACUGUACUCCCUCUCGCUCUCUGUUGUGAGACUGAUUAGUGUGAUACUUUGUGUAUCUGUGAAAAACAAGUGGAAUAAAGUAGCAACGCCUAGUUUUAACAAACUUUCCCAGAAUUAACUCGUGAUCACUGCUUAUUUGGUUUUGCCUUUAUGGAUUCAUUUUUAUUUAUUUAUUAUUUUUACAACCCUUUAGGGGCUAUAUAUAUAUUUUUUUUUUCCAUUUAAUGGUUACUAUUUUGGUUGAGCGGGAAACUGGGUAGCUGAGCUGUGAGGUAGUUAAGGGUUAAAAGAAACCUUUUAAAAUAUAGUUUAUAACAUUAAAGUUUUUGUGUAAAAGUUAAAAAUGCAUAGGAAGUUCAGUGUUAGAAUUCUGACUCCUGACUUGGCAACAGACUGUGCCCCAGUGUUUGAGCAGCUGAAGGUAGCGAUGAUUAUUUUACUGAUUCUGCAGGGCCAAAAGGCAUGAUUCUCCAAGCACUGCAUGUGACACAGAUUAAUGGGUACCCCCUGAUAAUUUUACACUAAGUAUUCCCUCUUUCCUAGCAAAAACAUGGCAUUUUAUUGAAAAUACCUUUAAAAAGUACCAGACAAUAAUUGAGUAAAUGUUUCUAAUCCCACUAAAUGUUAUAACUUUUUUUCCACUGAUGAUUCUGUAAGCCUGUGUGACAUACCACAGAUCUAGAAAAACACUUGUAUCACAUGUAAUGCACACAAAGAACAAACACUGUUAUUAUUCUUUCAAAUAAGCAUUCUAUUCAAAUAUAUGUGCUAUUCAAAUUAAGUAUCUUUAUAUAAUGGUGUCAUGUGUUCUUAAUUGCAGAUGACAUAAUAAUAAUUAAAUCUUCUUGUGAUACUUUAUCAUUUUUUAUUAGGUGAUACUGUUUGGAAGGUACACUACAUUUCACCAAAAUUUUCUCCAGAAGGAUCAGGAAUGUGUCGUGCAACAAAAUUGUGCUCAUGUUCGGGAAAUGAUGUUAUUUACCAUGUUCCACCAUUACUUUUUAACCUCAUGAGUGAUCCCUCGGAGAAAUAUCCUAUUUCACAAGAAACGGCACCCUACAGUCAAGUGCUGCAAAAAAUACAACUAGCUGUUGCAGAGCAUAAUAUGACUUUAAGCCAAGUUCCUCAGCAAUUGUAUGGGUCAAAUAACAGAUGGCUACCUAGUUUACAAGUGUGCUGUGGAGUAUUUCCAUUUUGCUCAUGUAACAAAGAAGAUAAUAUGUAA